GGAGUCGGGCGGGAGCGGAGUCGGGCGGGCAGAGGAGCCCCCUCAGCGGGGCGAAGGGCCGGCGCGGAGGGCGAGGCGAAGGCGGGCCCCCCCCCCCGCCGCUCUCCCGCGCCCCGCCAUGCCCGUCCGCAAGCAAGGUGAGGCGCCGGAGGGAAGAGGGGCGGGAGCGCGCGCCUCCGGGAAAGUUUUCCUCGGCGGAGGCGGGAGGGCGGCGGGGGGGCCCGGCCCUGGAGGAGGAGGAGGGGGGGCGGCGCCGCUCGGGAGCCUCUGAGCGCGUGCAGAGCGCGGUCGGCCCGGGGAGGGCCGGGGGGGGCGGCGGCGGAGGAGCCCCCGUGCAGCGACGGUGCCCCUUUUGCAGACACGCAGCGCGCCCUGCGCCUCCUGGAGGACUACCGCGCCAAGCUGAGCCGGGCGGACGAGAGGCAGCUGCGGAGCUCCGUGGAGAGAGUCAUCGGCAUCUUCCAGAGCAGCCUCUUCCAGGCUCUCCUAGGCGAGUAUCGGGGCAGCCGGGGAGGGAAGGCGGCGCCUGGACCCGCCGGGACACCGAGAGCCUUUUCUGCGCUGAAACGGAAUGGCAUUUGCUGCCCGACUUCUUUUGCAGCACAUUCACUCCGUUGGGCAAGUUUCUGUGUCUAGACAAACUUGGCUACUCCUCUGCUUGCCCCUAACUCUAGAUCAUUUAUGAGCAAGUUUAAAAGGCACAGUUUCUGUAUCUCCAGUUGGAAAACUUUCACUACCAUUUAGCCAACUCCUAAUCCACAAAGGGGCUCUCCUCUUAAUCCAUGAUUGCUAAGUUUACUCAAAGGUCUUUGAAGAAGUAUCUUGUCAAAAAAAAUUAAAAGUCAAAGUACACAAUGUCAGUCAGAUCACCUCUGCCUGCCUGCCUGCCUGUUGAUGCUCUUGGAGAGCAUAGUUUGUGAGACAGACUUUUUCCUUGCAGAAGCCUGUUGCUUCCGCUUCCUAGAAUAGAAUCAUAGAAUUGUAGAGUUGGAAGGGACCCCCAGAGUCAUCUAGUCCCACCCCCUGCAAUGCAGGAAUCUCAGCUAAAACAUCCAUGACAGUUGGCCACCCAACCUCAGCUUAAAAACCUCCAAGGAAGGUGAGUCCACAACUUCUUUCCAUUGUCAAAGAGCACCCGCUCUGUGGAACGCCCUCCCAUCAGAUGUCAAGGAAAUAAACAACUAUCUGACCCUGUUUAGGGAAGUUUUAAUGUUUGAUGUUUUAUCGUGUUUUUAAUAUUCCGUUGGGAGCUGCCCAGAGUGGCUGGGGCAACCAAGUCAGAUGCGCGGCAUACAAAUAAUAAUAAAAUAAUUAUUAAUAUUAAUGUUAACUGUCAGAAAGCUCUUCCUGAUGUUUAGUUGGAAUCUCCUUUCUUGUAACUUGAAACCAUUGGUUUAAGUCCUGCACUCAAGAGCAAGAGAAAACCAUCUUGUUCCCUCCUCCAUAUGACAGCCCUUGAAAUAUUUCCUCUCAGUCUCCUCUUUUCCAGGCCAAACACACCCAGCUCCUUCAACUGCUCCCUAUAAAGCUUGGUUUCCAGACCCUUGGUCAUCUUGGUUGCCCUCCUCUGCACACAUUCCAGCUUGUCAGCAUCCUUCUUAAAUUGUGGUGCCCAGAACUGGACACUGGACUCCAGGUGGGGUCUGACCAAGGUGGAAUAGAGUGGGACUAUUACUUCUCUUGAUCUGGACACUCAACUUCUGUUGAUGCAGCUUAGAAUAACGUUAACAUUUUUUGCUGUUGUAUCACACUGUUGACUCACGUUACGCUUGUGGUCUACCCCUAAAUCCUUUUCACAUGCACAACUCAUAAGCCAGGUGUCCCCUAUCUUAUGUUUUCAGUCAUUCGUGUUACACUGGCUGCUUUCCAGUCCUCAGGUGUGGAGGCUAAUCUCAGUUAAAUUUUUCUGUUAGAAGCUUAGCAAUUUCACAUUUCUUUUCCAUGGGAACUCUCAGGUAGAUGCUAGAAAGCCUGGAAAGGUUUUCUCAUUCUAAGAGUUUACUGCCCCCCCCAUCUUGUAUAAUUGGCUGUAUAUCCUAAAGUUGUGCUUUCUUUACAGGCUUUGUAAGUUCUUCCACUGACAGUUAGCAUGUCUCUUUGUGUGUGUGCCAUGUGGCGCUGGUGUUUUUGCUCCCAAGAUGCUCCCUUAUUCUGAUGGAGAUCUGAUUAUAAAUUGAAGGUGGAAGGAAGAUCAAGUAGAAAGCAACAACUGUAUACAGUAUCUCUUCUGAAAUUCAAGGGCUGAGCCAUAUUUUCUCACUCUCCAGAUAUUCAAGAAUUUUAUGAAGUGACUUUACUUGACAAUCCCAAAAGUGUUGAUCGCUCAAAGCAGAUUGAAUUUGUACAGCCUGUGAAUACAUGGGACUUCUCCAGCCUUCCAAGCACAACAGUGACUUCUGAAACACUGCCAAGCAGCCUUAGCCCAACCACAGAGGUAUGACUUUAAAAUGUUUGCUCUGGCUCUUGAGCCAAUGGGAUGGCCAUUCUUAAAUCUAGAUCUCCUGUACAGACAUGUGGUCAGUUUGAGUGAUGGUUGCCAAGCUUGUAUCCUUGUGUGGCAGGGAAUCUGCAUCAUUUUUUCUGUUUGGACAGUGAGCUGGAAACGCCAGAAUUGGAAAUGGGGGUCAGGUAGGGUGUGCCCACCUUCCCUCACUUCUUCCAAGUUGUACAGUCUUCCUGUUUCUCCAUAUAGAAGUCAUGGAAGAGUGAACAGUUGUGUCUCAGUGACUAGAAAUAGGGCCAUGUCUGUGGGGAACCCAGGCUUAUGAAGUUAGCUAGUUGGUGGAAUUUCAGGAAUGUUGCUGUCCUUCAGUUUAAUCAACCUACAAAACUCUCUGAGUUUUUGUGGCAUCAAGAGAAAACAGUAUGUAAUAGUUGUCUGUUCCUGUGGAAAUGUCCACAAGAGUACCUUGUCAUCUGUUGCCCCACUGAGGUUAUGGAGGGAUGUGGAAUGUUCUGUGUGUUGCCAAAGGUGGAAGUGAGCAAUCUGGAAAGAAGUUGUAAAACAAAGGCACAUAGAUUUUUGGAUUUUAUUGUUUGCAGUGAAGGCUUACAGCGCCAUCUGGUCUCUCUGUUUUGUUCUUGGGCAACAGCAUGUCUUCAUUAUUCAGCCUGCCUCUGUUUCACAUUGGAGUAGGAUCGACUCUCAGGUGUUGCUUAAGAAUGUUUAACACCUUCAAGUUGAGAUAUUCACCUGACGUUAUAUGUGAUAAAAUUGAUCAAACUGAGGGUCUCUCCAGCUUAGCAUUCUGUUUUGCCCCUCAGAAUGAUCCAAGGGGGAGUCUGCCUCUUCUGAGAUGUCUAGUUUGUUUGAUUCUGUGUCCUCUUUGAUGUAGGAAGUGACAGCCCCCAUGAUCUUUCCAGAGCUUCUUAGAGAGGCAGCUGGUUCCCGCUGCACGUUCAUUGCGCCUAGUCCUACCCUAUCCCUGCUUGGAUGGUCAAGUGUGCUUUGCCUUUAGGAUGUAGGAUUCCUCCUGAACUAGCCCCUGGCGGCUUUCUUCUAGGGGUCAGCUUAAAAGCUGCUCUUCCACAUUUUUGAUAUUAACUUCCAGUUUGAUUUUAACUUCAAUUUCAAGUAGAAUCAUCCCCUUUUGUACAUCCUGGUUUGCCCCCAAAUGUUUCUCAGCACAGAGGAACCCAGGAUACCUCCUCCCUCCUCCACUGUAUCAUCCAUACAGUGGUACCUUGGUUCUCAAACUUAAUCCGUUCCGGAAGUCCGUUCCAAAACCAAAGCAUUCCAAAACCAAGGCGCGUUUUCCCAUAGAAAGUAAUGCAAAAUGGAUUAAUCCGUUCCAGAUUUUUAAAAACCCCUAAAACAGCAAUUUAACAUGAAUUUUGCUAUCUAACAAGACCACUGAUCCAUAAAAUGAAAACAAUAAUCAAUGUACUGCAGUCAAUCAAUCAAUCAGCUGAACUAGGUUCCACACAGUCACAAAAACAAAACAAAAAGAGUUACAAAAAUGCAAAAACAGACAGACCUCAGUGUAACACUCAAAACGGAAGCGUAACACUCAAAACUGAGUAUGUUUGGCUUCCAAUAAAAGUUCGCACCCUGGAACACUUACUUCCUGGUUUGCAGUGUUUGGGUUCCAAGUUGUUUGAGUACCAAGGCGUUUGAGAACCAAGGUACAUGAAUAUCCCUUAACUCUGUUUGUCCUGCUGGCCGUACAUGCAAAAUACCUUGGAGGCACCGUAUUCCAAUGUUCUACCUAGCAACCUAAAUUUUGCUUCCAGGACCACACCGUGCCUUAUCCCUAAUGUGCUGUGGCUGCAGGCCUGGGUGCUGGCCUGUCACAAAUCCAUAUGCUCAGCAUGGGAGCCUUCUGAGGAAUCAUUCCCUCCCUUUCCUGAGAACCUACAUCUCUGUGACGGCAGAGGAGCUGUCAUCCUGGGAGUGGCAUGUCGCUACCACGUCCUUGGGGCCUCAUCCUCAAAUCUGUCCACCCUUCUCAAUUUAUCCAGCUGAAGAAACUUGUACCUGGAGGACCAAGAGCUCAUUGCACUUGGCACACGCCCAUGACUUCUCUUCAGCUGUCAUGCAUGCAACGCUCUGUCUUGCAAGACGCAUAAUGUGUUUUUGUGUGUCAUUUUCACUAAUAUCAGCAUUUGUCUUACACUCCCUUAAUAGUCGGUUGGGAAACGCACCACAAAAUUUGGAGAAGUGUGGAUUCUGAAAGAAGGAUGCAUUUCAGUUCACAUAUUGUUUGAGGAAGUUCAAAUUAGAAAUCCAAGGAGAAUUUCUCAACCACCCCACAUAUAGUCCUCUCCUUAGACAGAUGUGGCAGGAUUUUGGAAUACAAAAGCCUGAAGGACUUUUUCCAAGAAAGUGCGAGGAGCAGCAGGACCUUCUUUCAAAUCCAGCCUUAGGCUACACGUUAUUAAAACAAGCCGCAUCCUAGACGCUGCCACCUGCCUUUGCAAGACAUUUCCCUGUGCCCCACCCACCUGGCUAUAAACCACUGGCCAAUUAGGCCAGCCCCAAAAUUCCUUGUAUUUCUAAUACAGUGGUACCUUGGUUCCCAAACUUAAUCCGUUCCGGAAGUCCGUUCUAAAACCAAAGCGUUCCAAAACUGAGGCGCAUUUUCCCAUCAAAAGUAAUGCAUAAUGGAUUAAUCCGUUCCAGACUUUUUAAAACAGCCCCUAAAACAGCAAUUUAACAUUAAUUUUGCUAUCAAACAAGACCAUUGAUCCAUAAAAUGAAAACAAUAAUCAAUGUACUGUACUAUAAAAUAAAUAAAACAGUAUUGUAGAUGAUAAAAAUUAAAAUUAAUUUUUUUCUUACCUGCACUGAUGAGAGUUAUUGUUUGGAUGGGGGGCUUUUAUCCAUUUCCACAGUCACACAAUCAGUCAGUAGCUAAACUGGGUUCUAGUCACAAAAACAAGUUGCAAGUCAGAGUCCCAUAAAAAGAAGAGCAAGCCACAGUCACAAAAACGAAAACGAAGAAAACAGCAAAAACAAAAGCACCAAAUAUCACCUCAGAACGGAAACAGAAGGCUCCAAUUACAAUGCGGGGGGGACGCAAAUUAGCAGCGCAUCAGUACAAACGGAAGCUCAGGAGCACGUUUGGCUUCCGGAGCAAAGCUGGCAAACCGGAACACUGACUUCCGAGUUUGCGGCGUUCGAUUUCCAAGUUGUUUGGAAACUAAUCUGUUUCAAAACUGAGGCACCACUGUAUACUCUUAAUAAAGUUUCAUAAUUGGACCAGUGAGGUUUGUGUGUGUUUGCCAUUCUCAGGAUUGAGGAAUUCCUGUGCAUCUAGGUGGCUUUGGGUUCCACCUUGUUGGAAGACCAGAGUUAGUAAAGCCAGGAACUUGCCUUGUUCUCAGGGAGAAGCAGAGGUCUGGAGAGCUGGCUUGUUGUUCUGUAAAUUGCAAGGGAUUUGCUGGAGGUGCAAGGUGCGCUGGUCCAGGAUCCCGGGAUUUAACUAUUGAUCAUAUAUUCAAAGUGUCCCCCUUGUUUCUUGGGCUGGUUGGUGACCUAGAAAGGGUAAGAUUCAACAGGCAGCAGUUAGACAAGGAAGGGGGAGGAGAGGCUCUCCUGAGUAUCCCUCCUCCUUCAAGUCUGUGUCUUGUUCCUUUUAGGUUUGGUAACUUAACGCUUUGUCAGUGGUGCUAAGAGGGGCUCCCACUCACACCUGUGGAGCAGCUUUGUAGUCUUAGCGCAGACACACACAUGGACUCGGUUCCUUCACAGUGAACUGCGGAUCUCUCCAUCGUUCAGGGUCACGCAGGUCUGGUCUAUGCAAGGCGAGGGAGGAGGAGAGCUCAGCUGGCUGCCAGCCUCGGUAGCCCAGAGGGUCAGAGUUACUGGGUUCCUCAUCUGCCAGCGAAGUUGCACUCACAGUAGACCCCUUUAAAUUAAUGGACCUCAAUUAGCCAUGGCCAUGAAUCUCACUGGGUCUACUGGAUAGAGCACACAGUUUAUGUAAAUUGUGACUUUGUCCUGCACUGUGAUCAGCAAAGCUUGCAGGAGUGCUGUUGGUCUGGUUGUAGCAGCUCCUGCUGAGUCUUUUUAGUGUUUAAUUAUUAUUAUUAUUAUUAUUAUUAUUAAUUCUGGAGUCAUUUGGACAUAGGCAGAAGCUGUCUUAGGCAGAGACAAACCGCUAGUCGGUCUUGCUCAGUACUGAUUCUCAGCCCUGCUGCCUGAGCCCUUUGGAUUGGAAAGAAAUCGGGGUCUUCCGUGUGCAAGCAGGUGCUGCCUUUGAGCCACACCCUGUUAAAUCUGGUACAUUCAAGACGGGCAAGUGCUAAAAAUAGUUAAAACCAAGCUUUGUUGUUUGUCUUCCUAAGCUCUGUUUUCACUUCCCACCCCUUCAGAAAUUCUACAUGGAAUAUUCCAUCUGUUAUCUUAUUGACUCCAGAUGCUGAAAUUGUUUAAUGGGGGAAACCUUUGCAUGUAACUGUAGCUUUCAUUCGCUGGAAUGCUUCGUUGGGGAGGGAGAGAAUUUUUUUUAUUCAGCGGUUUAUUCAAAAUAUGUUUAAUUAAAUACAGCUUUGAAUCUCAUCCAUCAAGCCAUCUUUAGAACUGGGAGCGCUGGAGCAAACUGCAUGAAGAAGCAGGUUAAUUGUAAACCUCAGGAAUAAUUUGGAGCACAUUGGAAAAGCCCCCUUCCUCUACAGUUGUUUGUUUCUAGGGAGCUUUUCUCAUUUCCCAACGUGUUUCUGCCUAUUGGGUUCUUUCUUCCUUGGCUGCAUCCUGCGACAGGUCUUGAUGCUUUGACCCCCCCUUUCUUUCUUUCCCCCUCUUCCCCCCUUAUUCUCCCCCCCCCCCCAGUUUUCAGUAAACAACCACAGGCCAAAUAAUGGACUUAAAGUAAACUAACUGGCUGUGUGGAGCAAUGGACUGCCUUUGCAUUGUAACCACCAAGGUAAGAGACGGAGUUUCAGCAGGGCUGGUGGCUAUGUUUGUGGGAAGCCGUAUGUUAACUUCCAUGCUUUGCAACUUUUUGUAGGGAGAAUUUCAUUUCAAGCCUCCUCUGGGAUAUCUUAGCUUGCUUAGCAGGACACAAAACGAGUGCAUGUUAUGGUAUUGAAUGCAUACAAAUGCUAGCAUCUUCUUGCUGCUUUGCUUGAACUCUCAGAAUAGAACUCAUAUGCUAGUUUUACAUAACCUUAAAUCUUCCCUUUUUAAUGGUUAUCUUAAUCUGAUGAAGCUUUAUUGGGAUUCCAUUUUUAAAUGUCCCGUGACACAAAGGUUCCAUGUUGGCUGUGCUGAUGUUGGCCAGUGCUUUACAAUGGUCGGUCUUCCUCAUUGCUUGCAAACGGCCAAGCGUCCUGACUUGGGGAAGCGGAAUAGGGGUCCCGCAAAAGGUGGGCUGAGAGAGGACAGGCAUGCCCCGUACUAUUGAAGACCUUUUUCUUCCUGUGAGAUGCUUAAAAGCCCAUCCCCACCCCCGUAAUUCUGCCUUCAGCAAGCACAGUCAUUGGAAUGAAACAAAAACUACUUCAUCAAGUCUGCAUGUGAGAAUAGAAUCUGACAACUUUUAAUGAGAGUAUCUUGGCAGUUUACAGGUGAUGGUUUUUUAGAGCAAUAGAUGUGAAAGCCUCUGAAUUUUUCUUAUGGUAGGAAAAUGAAUGCAUCCUUUCAUACCUACUCUCUGCGCAAAUGUCGUCUUCAAAGGGUUUUGCCUUGAUGGCUGAAACAGAUGAAGUCUUGUCUUUUGCCUGACAGUUUUAUCUUAGAGUUCUGUUUUGAGCUCAGGGAAUGUCUAAGUGAGCGUUGCAUUUGUGUUGGAUCCAGGGUUGAUGUCAUGAAGAUAACUGGCGUUGCACAUUUAGAGUGUCAGUCCCUGAGUAGGAAAACGUCUCUGGACCUUCCAAGCUCUAAGCUUUAAUAGUGAACCUUCCAAGAGGUUUUGACUUCAUUCUGUAUAGCAGGGUGCUGUUCUGGGGUUUAGAAAUUUGUCUCAAGCAGUGUGAGCUGGUGCCACGCAGAAUGAAGCUUUCAGGUGAUGUAUUAUUUAUUUUAAGAAAUUUAUAACCCAUCGUUUAAUAAAAUUGCAACAUUUCAAAACAAUCAAGAAAAUUAAAAGCAUGUAAAAGAAAAGCAUAUAAAAUAUAUGCUGUUCCUUUUUUAAUUUUCACACUUUUGAAACAACAAAACUUCACAGGUAGUCAUAAUAUUAACCAUAAAUUUAACAUCUGGGGCACUAAAAAUACCAUCUGUUCUAAGAAGAUUACAAAUAAGUGGUUUAAUCACAUCAGUUCAAUCUCUGUAUUGCUCAAAGUAAUCAGUUGUUCAAUAUGCCACAAAAGGAUUCUGUAUGUUUUAAAGUUACAUUUCUUUAACUUAUUUUGUCUCGCAUGUGUGUGUUGUGGUUUUCAGCAUAUUGCGCCCUGUUCUUGGAACAUGAAUCUUCCAUUUAGAUAUUUUUAAUAUUGGUGAGGAGCAGAUGUUUUUUUAGCUGUCAGUGAUACCUCACUAUUAUAAUACCAGUAUAAUUAUGUAGAAGGAACCUAAUGUUUAGAUUGCCUUCCCUUAUUGAUAUUCCUAUGUGUCAGGGAACUGACAUCAGAGCGAGAGGCGAAGGGGAGGCUCCUGGAUGAUGCUGGAGAAGGACCCAGCAGCAGGGGGAGAGGCGACUCAGUGGAGGGGGAGCAUUUAAGCGCAACACCAGGAACAAAAGUGAGCAGAUGGGAAAAUCGGAGAGAGGGCUCACGGACUCUUCACUGGAACUCAGUGAGGAGGGGACAGGUCCCCUGCUACCCACGCCCACCCUGCGCAGAAGGCUCCCGCGCAGUGAGAGGCGGAGGCGAUUGGGUGUCAAACAGCUCUUAUGUUGGAAGAGAUUCAAGAAACGCCCACUGACGGAUUCUGCUAGUGACUGAGACAGUCCUGAUCAGAAGGGGCUGUGCAGUCAGAAAGGUUUAACAAGGCAAAUCAGCCUAGAGAGGCACCAGUUUACGCACGAGUAACUCAUACUCAUUACACUAUGUUUUAUCACAUUCUGUUAUAAACACCUGAAGCAAAUGAAAAGCCUUGGUUAGUAAUAGGGCAGCCUUGCAUUCUUGUAGCUCUUCCUGAUGUCUUAGCGAUAGUGAGCCUGAGACAGAGAAAACCCGCUGGAAAGUAACUUGUCUAUUGAUUACAACGGGCCUAAUGUAACAGUUGGGGGCUAUUGUUAUCGUUAGUAUUAUAACUGCUUAUUACCUGUUCUUCACCGUAAGAUCGCAGGGCAGGUUUUAACAUUAAAACAUACCUUUUAUUGUGAGUUGUGGCAGUUUCUUUGCCAUAUAAUAUUAACUUGCAUUUUUGCCGUGAUGACUGUUUCUUGAUGAUCAAGAAACAGCACCCCACUUUGGCAUCUCUCCCUCCCCUACUAUACCGUCAGUAUUUUAUAAUUAUUUUCAACACCUCUACUUCUGAAGUAUUACAUCUUAUACCUUUGCUAACAUUUACACAUCUUGAAGCUGAAGUUUAUAACUAGAUCCUGGCCACCUUUGUUUAAUAUAAAUAAUAUUUCAAACAACUCAAAUACAGAAGGGAGGUGGUUUCUUGGGGACUGUAGGAUACCAACCGCAUAACUAACGCUUAAGUUAAACUCCCAAGUUCCAUCUGUUAGGCCUUUGGGGAAAGAGAAUGUGCUUUGCAGUUACAGUCUCAGGUUUGAUCCCCAAAUUCAGUGGAAAUGAAUUCUUAUUUUUUAUAUAUAUCCUUUCCUUUUACAUGGUUACACAUUUGUACAAUUGCAGUGCUUACGUGUGCACAGUAUCUUUGCAAUGGAAGGAGGUUUGGAGAGCAAACCCAGAGCAAGUCAACCACGGCACUGUCUGUGGCCUCCUGAGGCCCCGCCAGGUCCAGUGGCCACCAUCCACCACCGGCUUAAAGGCCUAGCCCACCAAUUCAGGGGUUUUAGGGCACAAAUCUGUGAUGAAAUGUCUGCAUUCUUCCGCCAUUGCAGUUUUGUUCUCUUUACUUUGCAAUGUAAGUUUUUAUUCAUUUGUAAGGCACCCUAACAAAGGACACAAAUUUAUUGUGUAAAUAAGCUGAAAAGUGCCUACCUUUGGUUAAGGUGGUUCUGUUUCCUGCAUUGCAGAAAGGUGGACUCGAUGUGACCCGGGGGGGGGGGCGUUCCUCCCACUUCUGCCAUUCUGUGUGUCAGGGAAGAGACCAGUCCUGACACUGUGAUUCUAUGGUUCUGGAGUGUGUUCAGGAAUAGAGAAGACAUGCUGCCCUCUGCUGCUGGCAAAAGGCAUGUCUUACUCUGACAACCACUGUGAGGAAAAUGAAAGGGUUGGAUGUGUUGCAUCCAUUUUGAGCAAUGGGAAGAAAGGAAUUGUGGGCCCUUUGCAAUAGCAGUUUGCAAGUGGCUGAUUCUCUGUGGAAGACAGAAGAGGAGCUGUGAGCAUCCUCACUGUGUCUGGAUGAGAUUAUUGCAAUAAUAUGAUAACUUUCUCUCAUGUGUGCUCAGAAAUAUCAGGGCAGGAAAGCAUCUAGAUAUAAUAAAUAAGUACGAAAACUUUCAGAGCUUUAUAAACAUCUUCUAUUUAUGCCAAACUUUUGUAUUCGUAAUGUUGAAAACUUUGUAGCCCUUUGUUGUGACUUUGCAACCUUUUUCACUGAAGUCUCAUCUUGAGUCACUUAUACGUACCUAGAGAGACCUAAAGUGUAAUGCUGGCCCCAGAAUUGCUUCCAUAAUCUUUUGUAAGCCUAUUCCAGCUUUAUUGAUUUCAAACCUAUAUUAGCCACUCUUCAGCUGUAGCUCUCAGCUCUUCACAAAGUAUAAUAUUAAAAACACAGCAAAUAGCUAAUUACAGCAGAUGGAACAAUCAGAAUUAAAACCAAAUAGAAUGAAAAGGCCUGGAUUUCAGCUGAUGCUGAGAAGAAAAUGAAAAGGGUGCCACUGAACCUCUUUUAAGAAUGGAAUUCCAAAAAUGGGGCACUCCCCCCAAAGCCUCUCUUGCUGCAGCUGCUGCCUGCAUCUUCGCUCCCCUUGGAGCAGCAGCACCUCAGGGGCUGAUCCUGCUGGAGGGAGCCGGCAACCUUAAACCAUCCGGCACAAGCCCUCAGUUCCUUAUAACCAGAUGUCACAGAAUCAGACAUGUACUUCAGGGCUUUAGCAUAUUGUCACUGUUGAUUAUUAUACACUUUCCAUGAAUUAAACGGGCCUCUUUUCCUGUGAGACAAAUUCUACUUGUAUAUGCAUUUACUGUUUCUAAAGCUGGCUUUAGAGAUGUAUUUUGGACCACGGUUUCCUGUGAACCAUAUAUGUUUCUAGUAUAGGCAAUAUCAGUCCGGCAGAGUUCCAUGUACAGUGGUACCUCAGGUUACAGACACUUCAGGUUACAGACCCCAUUAACCCAGAAAUAGUACCUCGGGUUAAGAACUUUGCUUCAGAAUGUGAACAGAAAUCAUGCGGUGGCAGCGGGAGGUCCCAUUAGUAAAAGUGGUACCUGAGGUUAAGAACAGACCUCCGGAACGAAUUAACCCGAGGUACCACUGUAUUGGCUGCUUUGAUUUCAAUUAGAAAAGAUGGCAAAAUCAUCUAUGCAUUGGUAUUCUACUGGUUUGAAUGAUUGUGAGCAAGUCCUUUGGACAAGCGGAUGUUUGCAAGGCAGCCAUUGACUUGCCUUGCUGAAGUGGGAGUCUUUGUCCAUCGUACUGUUAGGCAAGACAACCUCUUAAUGUGCCUCAAAUGGAUUCUCUGGGUGUGCCUGGCGGGCUGGGUCCUGAGGCAUCACCCAAGAAAAUGGGCUGAGAGCUUGUGAUUCCCCACCCCCAACACUGUAUGGACCCAAGGACCGCAUCCUGCUCCUUUUAUGCCGCUUGCCCAGGUUGGCUAAAUCUUGGAGAGCCUGCCUGACUGUUAUGUUAUUUUAGAAAGCAGGCCUUCACAGAAUAGGUAUGGAUGAACUCAAAUGGAAACACACCAGGCAUUUGGAAAAAAGAUCUGCGGUGUUCCUAUUUUGAGGGCAAUUAGUCUAAAUCAUUUAUUCUAAAACCACGUGGAAUGAUCCACCUGCGGUGUUUGUGAAAAUGAUACGCACAUUAACUGCCAGUUGUUGUGUACUGGAUGUGGCCCUCCAGUCCAUCACUUGGCUUCCAAGGUGUUCCUGAAGCUGAAGAGGUUCCCUGUUGGAGAGAGAAGGAAUCACAUGCAGUUCAGGUGUAAGCCUGUGGUCCUCUCCCCCCUCUUCUGUGUGUGUACCUGACUAGGAGGGCUGCCUGAGCCCAAGUAAAAUAACUGGUCCUGGAACAAAACAGCCAUGCUUGGACCAAAUAAGUGCUGCCAGUGCACUUUAGGCUAAAAAAGCCCUCUUCCUCCUAGGGGGAGGAGCGCAAAAGAACUAAACUAGCCCCUCAAAGCUGGCCCAAACUAUUCUGAGAAGUUACCAGUGUAGUGGGAUUGAACUUCUGCCUGUUUUUACCCUUUCCACGGCCACACUGUCCUUGGGAGGGUUGUGUCUGUUUUCUAGACUUGGUGAUCGGGGGUGGGGGCACCACAUUGCCUUGCCCUGGCUGCUUCCCUUUGUUUUUGUUCCAAAGCAGUGCAAGCAGGGACCCUGCAGCAAAAGUGCCAUGUGCUGAUAGAUGGACCCCCCUUAGGCGACAGCAUAACGGUCAGAUGAACGGUCAGCUCUGCCAGUUCCAGGUCUAAGUGCAAGAGCUUAUUGUUUGAGGUGACAGAUGAAACAAUAAAUCCUCUCUCCUUCAAUUUCUUUAAUGCAGCAAUGAAUAUUGCUAUUGGAUUGCCCUUUUAUUUCAAAUCCUUAUCUAGUCUCAGUAAUAAAUCCUGCUGCCCCAAAGCCAUUGUCCAGCCCUGCGAAACUGGCUGCAAGGCAGGAUAGAUUUAACAGGACCCUACAGUGCUAAUAACUCUUAUUGCAGUCUGUGGGUUGGAAAUGAAGGCACAGUGGUGAGAAGGGAAGCCCCUUUUAUUCUGAUGGGAAUGUCUGGGUGAUUCAUGGCUGCCCACAUUGAUGUCAGCUUUUCAUUCCUGGUGCUGAUUCACUGUGAAGCAUUCCACAUAUGCAGGCUGCAAUAAUGAACAUCGUUCUUUGCUACCCACUAACACGGCUGCGCCUCCGUUGCCCUGCCAUUGCAAUGAAACCUCUGCUGAUACCUGAUGUCUCCAUUCACCAAUGGAAAUGGGCUCCAAGAGAGACAGCUUCAGGAUGCCCCAUAUAUUGGUUGGCUGUUCCAGGUGCCAGCCCUCCCUGCCUUCCAGGUAGACAGAAGUAACAGGACCAGGAAAUGAGCAGCGAGUGGCUGGAUAUUUUGAAGUUGGCUGCAUUUACUUGGAUUUCCAAGUUCCUGCUACAGUCUGAAAUGUGUUUGCUGGAGCUUCUCUCUCUCUGGCGUGUGCUUGUGUGUGCCCCCUGCGAUGAUGGGUCGGUUGCUGCAGCGUUUUGCCCCUCCCCCUCAGCAUCUGGCAUCAACGGAGCAGUGGCUGCAGCCAGAUGAGCCGCUUUUAUCCUUAUGGAGGAGGUAGCGGAGCUUACUUUGCCUGCAGCAGGUGGAACUGCCUCAUCCCCUUCUCUCCCUCCCUUCCUGCUCCCCUCCCUGGAGAUUUUUGGCCAAGAGGAUUCCAAAAGGGAGCCCUUGCAGAGUUCUCUUCAUGCUGAUGCCUUUUCUCUAACUGAAGAGGGAGCCACCCUCUUGGAAAGGGACACAUGGACCUCUUCAGCUCGAUCCCACAGGCGGUGGGGACUUCUGCCACAAGAAAUAAUUCCGUGCUGUUUUUCUGUCUCAGCUUUCUGUUGAGAGGAUCAUGGACUCACACGUCCAAGGCAGGCAGCAAGCCCUUCUUUCCAAAAGCAUUCUUCUUGAAUCUCGGUUGCUGAAUGAUGGAGGUGUCCUGGGUCUGAAAAGAUGUCUCCUAGCACAAAAAACGUGGAUUGCUUUUCUCCAGUGCUGUGCCACUGCAAAGUAGCAUGCAGCAACAACACUGUCUCUUUAAUGUUUGGAUGCAAGGUGGGUCCGAACGGGGUUUCUGGCGAACCUCUGGCACAUCUAAAUAAAUUAGCAGCAUCUCCUUGUUAAUGGGAUCUGUAGCAAUAGAAUUAUGCCAUGGGAUGGGAUUAAGUCAUAUGCUUUUGGUGACGUGCUGGGGGCAGGCAGGCAGCGGCGAUCUCUGCUCGGUCUGUGUGCCUUGCGAAAGAGGGAUAUUGCACACGCACCCUCUGCAGGAGAACAAUUAAAAGGCAGAGUAGAAAAACCUCGGGGGAAGGCUGAAGCACUGCCCUGGCAAAGCACGGCAUGUUUUUGUAGUUACCGUUUUUACUUUCUAAUAUUCAUACCCUGUUCUUUUGUUUAUUGAGCUCCUGGGGUGGCUUAUAGUAAUAAAAAGGUUUCUACAGCAGGAAGUAGCUCUCUUAAUUGCCAUCUUAAAUGUUUUGCUCCUGCUUUAUUCUGUGGCUAUCAAGGGUUCUGUCUGUUGGAAUGGAAGCCUCCUGAGGUCCCUGGGGGAACACCUGAGGGCUUUGGGGGCUGUGUUGACAAACUGUGAUGGAGCAGUGAAGGGGGCAUAGUGACCUUUAAUGCAGAGCAUCCAUUUGGAUUGACUUGAUGGCUUUUCUUUCUUCCCUCCUUUUUAAAAAAGUGAAAUGCAUGUUAUUACCCAGUAUUUGGGGGUUUCCUCAUAACAAUGUGGGUUGAGAUACCCCAGGCUGCGAUUGGUUUCCAGAUACUUUGGAGAGAGAACAGAUGAAGCAUGCAUUUUGCCUCUGAGAGGAUCUUCAGGCAAGUUCAGUUGACCCAGCCAGGGUUUUUGAGGACUGACUUGCAACUGAAAUGUUGCAGGGAAAGUGCAAUGACUGGAAGGCAGCUUUGGGGUUGGCACUGGGAGGGAAAUGGGGGAGAGGGUUGCAGGAAGGCAAUAAAGAGUUUUCAGUGACGGCAGCUGCCUCACAGCUGCCCCUCUUGGGGAAUGGCAAAAAUGCUCAGCUCCAUUCUUUUAAAAAAAUCUUCCUGUUGGGUGCAUGUUUCAUGUGAAAUCUCAGCAGUUUGUAUAUUAGCUCUUCCAACUUCCAGUGUGGCCUGCAAGUACCCAGUGCCAGGCGGACCCUUUAAUUUAGUGGCUGAAUAGCCAGUCCCUUCACAGAGAGAGGUGUCUGGCACCUUUGUUGUGUAACUUUUGUUAUAAGCUGAAGAUGCACCUCUUUUCCCUGGCUUUUGACACCUGAGACAUAUUUGGACCCACCCUAUGCUUUUGACCAUGAUUUGUUGUAACAGAUUUUAAUGUUGUGUUUUAAAAUAGUUGUUACCUGCCCUGAGACCUUGUGGAAAUUUAAACAAAUAAAUAGUGUGUCUGAGUGUCUGGAUGGCAGCUAAGACUUUCCCUACACUCAGGCUGUGUUUUGCAUGCUGGUUGUGAGCAGAGGAGGUUUAAUAUGCCAGGAGAAAACUUGCCCUGGAGAGGUUAUAGAUGCUGCCUGCAACUUCAGAUUCGUGUUUCCUUCUCUUCCCCACCAGUGAUGGAACAAUAACUUUGGGGGGGAGGCACAAGUUGAGGUUUCAUGAUGUUUCCCCUUCCCCAUAUUGGCCUGGGGUGAGGUGCAACGCAUCUCCACAUUCCAUUGUGGUUUCCACACGGCUGCCAAGGUUUGCCUCUGCAUAUGCUCCCAAGCACUCUGUGUGCGGGUGUCUUUUUCCAAAAUACCAUUUUAAACUUACUGGUCCCAGAGGCCAGUGAAGCUUGGGGAGUCCCCGUGGUGCUUGCAGGUAUGUUUGUAGGUCCUCUCCCCCAGUUGUUUAUUGCUGUUACUCCUGAAGCAUAUCCAUCCAUGGGAAAUGAUUAAAAUGCUCUGUUAACGGUGCUAAUGGUGGUGGUUGAAGGACCAGGCAAGCCAAACCCAAAAUGGAGAAGCUUACUUAGAAGUGCUUAUUUCUGGUAUGCUUUUUGCACAAGCGGGCUAAGAAAUAACAUGCCUAGGACAUGUGAGGAGUAUUAUAGCCUGACCUGUACCAACGCCAGCCCAAUGUGUUACUCACAUUUGCAGUAUCCUCUGUCUUGGCAGAAAGGAAGAACCAUAUCUUUGGCUUCUGUUACUGGCCUAAUGAAACAGUGACCGACACAUGGCUCCUAGCUCCAGCUGCUGUUUCUUGAGUGCCAGUGGUUGUGUGCCUUUCACAGUUCUUGUGCAGAACUUCAGAUAUUUAUUCCAUCAAGGAGGAGAAAGGUCUCUUCUUCCUAUUCUUCCUCCGCCUCUUGGUCUUCUUCUUUAAAUAAUCCCUUGGCUCCAUGGUCUGAUUCUUCCCUGUGACAGCUGAUUUCCUCCUCCUGGCCAUCUUUUGUUCUCAGAAUGAUUCAGACUGCUGGGCAAAAGAGGCGGGAGGGCUGCAAACUGCCAUUUGCCCACUGCACUGAAACGGGUGGGUGAAUGCUGGGGUUGGCAGCACUCUGUCUGCAGAGGGAGAACCGGGAGCCGCAGGGCAGAGAGAGCACUUGAAUUCCCAGCGCCUGGCUCUGAACAAAAGGCAGAGCAUGGCCUUUUUGCUUGAGUGCUCAGGCAGUCUCCAACCUGAAACACACAGUAGGGAUAAGCUGUGAAGUUUUUCUACACCCAAGCAGUAUAUAAUUUUAAAUGAAAUUUUAUGAAAUAAACAAAUAUCCACUGGCACCCCAUUCAGCCAGUGCCCCCCUGGGUAAGGUGGGAUGGGUUGGCUUCUCAACACACACGCAAGCACCCCGCCCCUCCUCAAUGAUUCGAUGGAAAGCCCGGGCCUGCUGGCUAUGCCUAGAUGGCCUUGGCGACUGGUCCACCGGGAUGCCUUUUCCCAGCAUCCUUUGGUGCAUCAGCUGCGGUCCCUUUGGUUCCAGGAUGGCCUCGUGCCAGGUGUCCCCACGUGAGUCACAUCCUGACUCACUUUCCUCAGGGCUUGUGCUGGGUCAAGCAGGGCAUCCAGGCUGUUGACCAGGGGCCUGUGGUUAUGAGCCUGUUGGCUUGGCUCUUCUAGGGGACUCUGUUGGCUCCUGGCUCAUUUCUGGGCACAGUUCUAAAUGGUGGCUUUAGAAAUGGUCGCAGAUGGGUUGUCAAAGGACUUCCUCUUGGCCUGUGAACCUGCCCAGCGUCUUCAGGGACCUUCGCUUGUGGGUGACCUUUUUCUGGAGAAAACCUCUUCCUUUGUAUUUCCCCUCUCCCCACCCCGGCAGGGGAGUUCUCCUGGCAUCUUGUUCACUAGCCUGUGGGCACCAGGUAAAAUCUGUGUUUCUCUUGGCUUUUGGUUGUUAAUGUGCUAAUGGUUUGUUUUUGUCCAAGCUCCAUAGUUUAGGUUAUAGAACUGGUUUUCUAAUGGCUAAAAUGUUUAUUGGCGGCUUUUGGUCUCUGCCAGGAUUUAUUUCUUUAUUUCGCUAUUUUUUGUUUUGUUUUGUAUUUUGCUUGAAUGUAUACUUUUUAUUUGACUUUAUUCAUUGAUGCUUUAUUCUGGAUUGUUUUAUUUUAUGUUUUAAUGUAGGUUGUAAGCCACUUGGAGAUUUCUUUUUUAAAAGCAUAAAGUGGCGUAGACAUGAAAUUAAUAAUAAUAAUAAUAAUAAUUUAUGGCAUUUUCUGGGAUGAGUAUGUGUGUCAUUUUGACUUAAGGUGUCUUGAAUUCUGGUCUGCAGAAAGAUGGAAUUUAAAUGUCAUAAAUAAGUAAAAACGGGUGGUUCUACAUGGGGGGGGUGGAGUCUGGCAGGGACUCCGCUGCACAAGCGGAGGGGCACAACCUUGAUGCGCAACUUGGGCAGCCUGUGCUGGGACCGUUGCAGAGAAGCCAGCGCUCUCUUGUUGCCACCUUCUUCCCCUCUUAGGUUGGGGAAGCAAGUUGUGUUGUUGAGGUUUGCCUUGUAAAAUUGGUCUCCUUUUGAACCUUUUUCCUCCCCCAGAAAUACCGUUCUCAAGAUGACGAUGACACUCCUUCGCCAGAGCACGGCUCCCCCCGGGAAACUCCCAGUGAGGCAGCAGCUCCAGAGCUUGUGCAUGUUUCUGAGAAGAGCCUCUCUCAAGUUGAGAACGUCCAUGGAUUUGUGUCCCACUCUCACAUUUCGCCAGUCAAGGUAGGAGGCGUGCACAUAUUUCGGAGCCUCUUUGGGUAUGAUGGGUCAGGUGUCUGGUGAAAAGUUGCAUGCCUUCUUGUUGUUGUAAAUAUUUCAUGUUCAUUCCAAGUCCUACCCUUAUGUCUUUCUAAUUGGUGGGUUCUCAUCAUAACAUGAAGUUCGGACGUGUUAUUCAUUCAUUUCCUGCUGCAUCUCUGAAGCAAGGUAACCGGUUCUUCCUGUUUGAGGAAUCUAAGGUUUCACUCUCUCACAAAUCAUUGUUUUGAUGGCUGUGUAGGAUUUCGUCUGCAAAUUCUUAGUCUAUUUCUAGGUUAUGGCAUGAAAACCCGAGUAUUCCUCUGUUGUAAGAUUUUUUAUUCAGUUGAGUUUAGGUUUGAGAGCAGGGUUUCCCAACAAUGUGUGAAAUUAGCCGGGUGUCAGGGGCAUUUUACAACUGGCUAUCAGCUACUUACGAGUAAGUGAAGAUGCCUGGGUACCAGGAUGGCGCCUGACAUUUCCACUAUCUGAAGGUUCAUGCCUGGGGAUCAGUGGAUCUGGACUGUUUUCACAUACUUAUACCCCAUCCUGUAGAAAUCCAUUUGUUAUCUUUUAUCUGCACAAUCAGAAUGAAAGCAAAAUGCUUUUUCUGUGCAGCCUGAGCAGGAACAGUGAAUGGCUUACAUCUUGCCUUCACGUAUCCCACCCCACAGUUUCUCUGAUAAUAAUAUGUGACCUUAAAAGAGGGGUGCUCAGAACAACACACACAGGAACUGGACUGCUGGCAAAUUUUGAGCCUGCACUGACCUGGCAUUGACCUUUUGUAUCAGGGUGGCAGCAGCGGGAGUGGCGUGGGUUUCUGAGAUUCAGGAGUUCCCUGCUCAGCGCAAGGUUGCCUUGGGUGGUGAGUUCUGGGCAGUGGGUUCAAGAGGGCUGUGGAGAAGCUGCCAGUGGGGCUGGAGGACAGCUGUGAGAAGGGCGGGACCCUGAAGCAGUUCUUUCAGUACUAGGGAGCAGCAGCUGGUGGGCUGUUUUUGUUUUUUUUUAUUUUUGUUUUUUUUAAAAAAAUGAUAUUUAUUAAAGUUUCAGAUAAAAAGAGACACAUCAAUAAAAAAGAACUUAAAAGUAAAAAGAAAAAUACACAAUACAAAAUACACAAAUAAAAAAAGAAAAAACAGUUAAAAACAAUUCCAUCUUUUCAUCACUACUUUUAAAUUUACUUAUUUUCUGGACCUCCUCAUACCUCCCUCUUUUGUAUUCCAAUUCAGUUUGUUUGUCCAGCAAUUCCUUUCCCUCUUUUUUAAUCCCAAUCCUUAAUCUUGAUAUAAUAUAACAUUAAAUUUUUAUCUAUUAAUAGCCAAUUUUCCAUUCUUUUAACCUUUUUAUUCCUAAUCCUUAAUUUUAAUCUGUAUAUAACUUUAAAGCCUGUGCAGCUAGAAACCACUUAAUUUCAAUCUAUCAUCACUCUAACAUUCUUUAAUUUUGCAAUGUUUCUGUAGGUAGUCUUUAAAUUUAUUCCAAUCUUCUUCCACCGACUCUUCUCCCUGGUCACGGAUUCUACCAGUCAUUUCCGCCAGUUCCAUAUAAUCCAUCAGUUUCAUCUGCCAUUCCUCCAGUGUGGGGAGCUCUUGUGUCUUCCAAUACUUUGCGAUGAGUAUUCUUGCUGCUGUUGUUGCGUACAUAAAGAAAGUUCUAUCCUUUUUUUAACACCGUUUGGCCGACUAUGCCCAGGAGAAAGGCCUCUGGUUUCUUCAAGAAGGUAUAUUUAAAUACCUUUUUAAUUCAUUAUAUAUCAUUUCCCAGAAAGCCUUAAUCUUUGGGCACGUCCACAAAAGGUGAAAAAAUGUACCUUCAGUUUCUUUACAUUGCCAACAUUUAUUAUCGGGCAAAUGAUAGAUUUUUGCAAGCUUGACUGGGGUUAUGUACCACCUGUAUAUCAUUUUCAUAAUAUUCUCUCUUAGGGCAUUACAUGCCGUAAAUUUCAUACCUGUGGUCCAUAACUGUUCCCAGUCAGCGAACAUAAUGUUGUGUCCAACGUCUUGUGCCCAUUUAAUCAUAGCAGAUUUCACCGUUUCAUCCUGAGUGUUCCCUGGUGGGCUGUUUUUGAAAAGCGGAAUGGCUCAUGGGCUGGGAUGGAAGGACCAUGAUGAACCGGACAAGAAGAGUCCUUGUUUAAACAACAGAAAGGUGGAUGUUGGAUGGUGUAAAAGCAGUUCAGGAGAGGGGAGGCUGCCAUGGGAGGUUGUGGUGCAGCUGGCACAGUCCAGAUGGUGUGCUGGGAGGCUGGGCAUGAACUCCUCAGGUCAUCCUCCCCCAACAUGCUGCCCUCCAGCUGCAACUGGUCUGCAACUCCCAUCAUCCCUGAACAUUGACCGUGGUGGGUGGGACUGAUGGGAGUUGUAGUUCACCAACCGGGGGGCACCAGGUUGGGGAAGGCCGCCUUAGGAAAGCAGCUGUACCCUCAGCCCCCUCCCUAUUGCCACCAUCUGCAGAACAGGGUUGCUUCUGUCAAGCUGCUUCAUAAGAAUGCAUGUGAAGUAUGUUGAAUGAUGCAUCAUGCAAAAUUCUUCUUGGGCUUUGGACACACCCAGUGUUUGAAACUCCCGUUGUUCUAGGCGCAUUUUGUGACAGGGAAUUUCAUUAGCGUGAGCAGUUUCUGAGCUCUGGGUGCAAAUACUGUGCCUAAGAUUUCAGAUUAAAACUGCAGAGUGGAAGGAAAGGAGGACCUUUUUCUGCCUCCCCACUUCCAGCUACUCUCUGAAGACGGGAGAAGAGACCCUCUUAAGAACAUUAGGGAGGGGGCUUGCGAAGGACUAGACCAUGUGAAAAAUGAACAUAAUAUUUUAGCUGCAGUUCAUUCAUUUUCAGCUUUGUAUUCUUGUUAUAAAAAAGCGCACCUAGACAUUCCGGUGUUUCGCCCAUAACCUUGGUUUAAGGUGCCCUUUAGCUCCUGGCUUUCCUCUCUCUGUUUCUAACCCUGCACACAUUGGGGCCUGAGGUGUGCUAAAGGAGAGGCUGAAUGAGUUAUUUGCCUCUGCCAUCCUCACAGUCAGAAAUGUAGGGCAGAUAGGUGGGCCUGGACUCACUUUGACAGGAAGGGGGCUUGAAGAACUGAGGCAGAUAGCAGUGUCAGGCAGGGAAUACGGGAAGCUGGUGUCAGAACUUGGAAGUAAUCCACAGCAGUCAAUGGCAGAUGCCUCCUGGCCUUUCCUUCUCCCCAGCCCUGCCUUGAAACAUGCACUCAUGCCAGCCUCUUCUUACCUGAACCAGACCAGGGGAGGAUGGGAAUUGGCAGAGCAGGUCUCCCAGCUCCAGAAAGACAGGAAGAAGCAGCCUGCUCAGGGAUUCGGAGGGUGGGGGCAGCUGCCUCAUCUGCCUGCCUGCCUGCCUGCCUUCCUCUGCUAGGGGCAGAAUCCUCAGGGACCCUGGAAGCAGCUUAAUGCAAUGGAAGGUAGACUGUGGGCCUGCAGAGACUGCCUGGCUGGCUGAGGAAUUCGAACUCUGCUCUGUGGUGGUUGUCCCUCUGAACAGAAAUCUUUGGCAGUGCAUUUGCUUUUGUAAUGGCCUCUAGGUGGAGAUGUUGCAGAGGAAGACCUUGGCCACAGGCCUCUCAGGUUAUCCAAAUACUGUUUUUGCUGCAUUCACAUGACCAUUGAUUCCAUUCUCACGGCCUUCCCCAACUGUUGAUUUCCAUGUUAGGUUUGAGUUUACACACAAUGUAACAGAACUAUAGCGGAAUAUAGUGGAACAUAUGGAAACAAAUGCUAAACUUGCUCUAUUAUUUGUAAACAGUUUUUUUCUGGAAGCAAAAAUGAGCACUAAGCUUGCACUGCACUACAAUAGUUUGAGAAGUGGCUUUUACGUUGUGUGAAAACUGAAAUAUAAUGUGGACUUAACAGUUAAGGAAACGUCAUGAAAACGAAGUAAACUGGCAGGUGAAUGCAGCUUUGUUUGUUUGUUUGUUCAGUUUCAUUCCUACCUUUCAUCUAUGCAGUCCCAGGAUUUGAUACAUAAUAAAACCAAAACAUACAAUAAACAUCAGGCAGCAGUGGUGCCAUCCGUAUGCUGCUAAUACUCAGCACAGUUUCUGUGACAUCUGUGGUGUGGCCAGGGAGACGCGCCUGGACUCUGUGGUGGGCUGGAUGAGGGCCAGCAAACUGAAGUGGGAUUUUGACAAGGCUGGAGGUGCUCUUGUGGAUGGGUGGGCGGUUCGUGGGCCUGGGAAUGAGAAAGACUGCCUGUUCGGGUGGGGGGGGGGGAGUGCUCCACCCGGAAGGGGCACCUGUCUGCCCUGGGGCUGCUUCCAGAGCCGUCGUGGCUGGAGGCUUGGUUGCAGCCAUUCCUAUGCCUCUUCCCCAAUGUAAACCCAGGGUCAGCUUGGGAUCUGUUUGCAAAGCACUGAUGAAGAACAGGUUCCAGGUGUUUUUGUUGGCUGGAGGUGAGGCAUCUUUCCUCUCUAGGUGGGAGCAGAAGGGUGCUCAGUGGGCGGCUCCUUGACCUGGAUAACUGGGCAAGAAAGACUCUUCACUUGGGAGCAGCAUAAUCUGUAGAUCUGAAGUGGGCAGAACGUGUAACAGACGGAAGUUGGAUUAAUCAAGAGGCACUAAGGCAGUUGGGAGGGGGGAGGCAGUGCCCGUCUGUCCAUCCAUCACAGCUGCUGCUUGUGAUUCUGCUUGGAGCUGAGCUGUUUGCUUCUCCACUGCAAGACGUUUUUGGAGCAACUUGUAAUAAGGCCACCAUGUUCAUUUCAACGUGGCAUGCUCAGAAGAUGAGCAGGAGGAUCCUAAAGAGUGUCCGGCAGUCCAGGCACUUCAAUCUUCAUAUUUUGGUAGGUGAACUAACAUAGCCUAAUGAUGGUCCGGUUCUUAAUUCAAGGGGAGAUACUUCUGAUACAUAGAAAAUGUGUAUCUUCUUUUGGCAUUCUGCAAUUUACAAAUAUUUAAACCAAGCUUAUUACGGGGGUGUUUUCAAGACCAGAGGUGGGGAGAUCCCUGGAGUCAGAUUCAGGAAGAUUUUGGGCAUCUUCAGAUGGUCCUUUGCUUUUGUACAGUAAUGUUUGUGCACUUCAUUGCUUGGUGAUGCAGCUGGAUCCAGAGCUUGACUGAUGCUGGGCUUCUCUGGUGGGGGUGCCAAAUCUUCCAGAGCUCAAUCUGUUUGUUCCUAGGACCAAGCCACAUCUUCCCCCAGAGGUGCUGUUUUUUUGCUUUGAAUGUGUGUGUGUUUUUUUAAGAAAAAGAAAGAAAGAUGCUUAAUGUUCCACAUCUCUGCCAUUCAAGGAUUGGAACAUUUAUUAGCCUUUGUAUCCUCUCCCCUCCUGAAGUACGUAUACCUGAUGCCUCCACUCUUCAUUUGAGUGUGGACCCAGGCAAGGGGAUAGAUAGAAGCUUUUACUAGGAAUUGGGGGUCAUCUGAUAAAGCCAACUGGCAGGCAACUUGCUUGAUCUGAGCACAACACAAAACUCGCAGGAUAUGCAAUGGGAUCUCCCGUCCCCAUCCCGUGAGUUCCCUGUUGUUGUGGUGCUUCCAUCCAAGGGCUGCUUCCUUGUCUCCAACCCUCUUUCUCCCUCCCACAUUCUCCUUGCUGUGAUCCACUGGUCAGGAGAAAAAGAAAACCAGCCCUUCCAGACAAGAUGUAGAAGACAACUUCAAAGAGAUAAAUCCAAAGUGAAACCCACAGCAGAAAAAAACAGCACUGCCAAAAUGUCUGUCUUGAAAACUAGAAGCCCUGGGGAAACAAGGUCUUCACGUUGCACUGGAAAAGACCACACCCAGGACUGCAUCCCCUCCUUGGUCUCAAGUCUUUGUCCUUCUACCCGUGGUGCCCAUUGCAGCUAUGAAUAAGGUGCCGGCCAUUUAAAAGCCCUGUUAAGAGUGAGCCCUACGUCAUCCCAGUUUGCACGUGGCUUCAGUGGCUGGUGGGUCACGCUGCUUGCCAGACCCAUUGAAGUGCUUGUGCUCCCUGACUAGUUUAGCCUCCCUGGCUGAAGCCCAACAAAAAGCAUCUUUGCUUAACGCACAUCCAUUUCAGUAGCAUUUGGAGAACAUCAGUUAUGUGGGGUGGAAAUUUUUGAAUUUUUAGAAAUGCACUGUUUCCUCAAAUAAAUUAGGAACAUAAAUAAAUGAACAUAAUGCCAGCCGUCCAGCAUGCUACAGUUAGCGUGUUGACCGUAUUCAGUGCCUAUAUAUUUUCUUUUAAAUAAGGUAAGGUAAGGGUAUGACAUUGAAUCAUAGGGCUGGAAGGGACCCCAAGAGCUGUCUAGUCAAACCCCCAAAGCUGUCAAGUAAGUAUUCCAAUAAAAAUAGUUUCCUAGUAAAGCUUUGAAUCUGUUUGCUCUGUCACUGUAACCUCACUGGCAAAAGCCAAACUUUCUUCUCCUGCAACUGCUGUACUGUGGCCUCCAAAGGAAGCCCCCCCUGCUCCACCUGCAGGGACCCCCCCCUCACAGUGGAGAAGUGAGAGGCCCACAGCAUCCUCUGGCCCCUCAGCCAUCCCUCCUAGGAUUGCUCUAAGUAGGCUAAGUCCCCCCCCCCCCCCGGUUUGGAUUCCAGUAAAAAAAAAUCCCCACAGCUUUUAUCUGUGAUAGCUUCUGUUUCUGUUUUGACAAUGUUCAUUAAAGUAAUCUUAGCUUGGUUUCCUUUGGGAUGUCCCCAUGUGAUACGUGAGAGAAGUAACAUGAUACUUUUGCAAAGAGGAACAUGAUAUUAUUGCUCAUGUAGUAAUGUUAAUCAUCUGUUAAUUACAUUGUCCCUAUUACGGUAUAGCUUUUGCAUGUAAAUAAAUUCUAUAAAAAGAAAGCCAAAUCCCCCACCUCUCAGAUUGCAGCAAAAGUCAUUUAUUUACAUUCCCUCUCAAGGCUCCUUGUAGGAGCCUCACAUGUCAUUGGCUUCUGUGAAGACUGGAUGUAAUUUUAAACUAAAAUAAAUUAAAUCAAACAAAUAGCCAGCACGUGUAGACACAAAGUCAGAAAAGCUAAAGCACAGAAUGAACUCAGGCUUGCUAGAGAGGUUAAAAGCAACAAAAAAGGCUUUUAUGGGUAUGUUCGUAGCAAAAGGAAGAACAAAGAAACAGUGGGGUCACUCAGAGGAGAAGAUGGUGAAAUGCAAACAGGGGACACAGAAAGGGCUGAACUCCUCAAUGCCUUCUUUGCCUCAGUCUUCUCCGAUAAAGAAAACAAUGCCCGACCUGAAGAAUUUGGAGCAAAUGAUUCUGCAGAGGAAACACAGCCCAGAAUAACUAAGGAGAUAGUACAAGAAUACUUGGCUACUUUAGAUGUAUUCAAGUCUCCAGGGCCAGAUGGACUGCAUCCAAGAGUAUUAAAAGAACUGGCAGAUGUGAUCUCAGAACCACUGGCAGUCAUCUUUGAGAAUUCCUGGAGAACAGGCGAAGUCCCGGCAGACUGGAGGAGGGCAAAUGUUGUCCCUAUUUUCAAAAAGGGGAAAAGAGAGGACCCAAAUAAUUACCGCGCAGUCAUUCUGACAUCAAUACCAGGGAAGAUUCUGGAGCAGAUCAUUCAGCAAACAGUCUGUGAGCACCUAGAAAGGAAUGCUGUGAUCACCAAUAGUCAGCAUGGAUUUCUGAAAAAUAAGUCAUGUCAGACUAACCUGAUCUCAUUUUUGACAGAAUUACAAGCCUGGUAGAUGAAGGGAACGCAGUGGAUGUAGCCUACCUUGAUUUCAGCAAGGCAUUUGACAAGGUGCCUCAUGAUAUUCUUGUAAAGAAGCUGGUAAAAUGCGGUCUUGACUAUGCUACCACUCAGUGGAUUUGUAACUGGCUGACUGACCGAACCCAAAGGGUGCUCAUCAAUGGUUCCUCUUCAUCCUGGAGAAGAGUGACUAGUGGGGUGCCACAGGGUUCUGUCUUGGGCCUGGUCUUAUUCAACAUCUUUAUCAACGACUUGGAUGAUGGACUCAAGGGCAUCCUGAUCAACUUUGCAGAUGACACCAAACUGGGAGGGGUGGCUAACACCCCAGAGGACAGGAUCACACUUCAAAACGACCUUGACAGAUUAGAGAACUGGGCCAAAACAAACAAGAUGAAUUUUAACAGGGAGAAAUGUAAAGUAUUGCACUUGGGCACUAAAAUGAGAGGCACAAAUACAAGAUGGGUGACACCUGGCUUGAGAGCAGUACAUGGGAAAAGGAUCUAGGAGUCUUGGUUGACCACAAACUUGACAUGAGCCAACAGUGUGACACGGCAAUUCUGGGCUGCAUCAAUAGGAGUAUAGCAUCUAGAUCAAGGGAAGUAAUAGUGCCACUGUAUUCUGCUCUGGUCAGACCUCACCUGGAGUACUGUGUCCAGUUCUGGGCACCACAGUUCAAGAAGGACACUGACAAACUGGAACGUGUCCAGAGGAGGGCAACCAAAAUGGUCAAAGGUCUGGAAACGAUGCCUUAUGAGGAACGGCUAAGGGAGCUGGGCAUGUUUAGCCUGGAGAAGAGGAGGUUAAGGGGUGAUAUGAUAGCCAUGUUCAAAUAUAUCAAAGGAUGUCACAUAGAGGAGGGAGAAAGGUUGUUUUCUGCUGCUCCAGAGAAGCGGACACGGAGCAAUGGAUCCACACUACAAGAAAGAAGAUUCCACCUAAACAUUAGGAAGAACUUCCUGACAGUAAGAGCUGUUUGACAGUGGAAUUUGCUGCCAAGGAGUGUGGUGGAGUCUCCUUCUUUGGAGGUCUUUAAGCAGAGGCUUGACAACCAUAUGUCAGGAGUGCUCUGAUGGUGUUUCCUGCUUGGCAGGGGGUUGGACUCGAUGGCCCUUGUGGUCUCUUCCAAUUCUAUGAUUCUAUGAUUCUAUUCUAUGAAAUCUUGCACAUUAAGCCAGGCCCAAAUUAGAGCAGAGGUUCUUAUCUUUGAUGCUGACUCAGCCGCAGGCUCAAGUAAGGAAGACACACACAUGCCCAGGGCCCCACCUUUCUCUCCUGACAGUCACUAAAGGAGAAACUUUAAGAGUUAAAAUUAAUUUUGAUUGCAUAUUGUUGAGAUAUUGGAGGAUAUUAAAUCACUGUAUGUUGCUGUUAGCCAGUAAGAGGUUUUAGAGGUUUGCUGCUGCUCUGAGUUGAUAAUUUUCCAGCUUCCUACUAUUGAAGGUUUUUCCAUGUUUACUUGUCUGUUGAGUAACCUCUGAACUGAGCAUGAGUCCUCGAAGGCUCCCACUCUCACAUGCUUCUGAAAACCAGUUCCAGGAACUGCAGGAGAAGAGAGGAGCUGCUUGGGGACUUCCCACUGUGGCAUCUGGUUGGCCAGGGUGAGCAGCAAAUGUUGGACCGAAUGGGCCCCUGGCCUCAUCCAGAUGACUCUUCUUGUGUCCCAAGGAGCUCUUUGCAUUUUUAGCUCAUUAAUGACUUAGGGGAGGUGAUCAAAAGUCCAUCCAGAACUUUUUCAAGUGCCUACAGAAUACAGUACCAUAAUUCUAAAUUAUCUGAAUAAUUCCUUCCAGAAACCACUCACCUGGCAUUGUUGAAUAUUAAUGUAUAUACAGUGGAACCUUGGGUUGCGGACAUAAUCCAUGACGGAGGCACGUCCACAACCCGCAGAGUUCGCAUCCUGAAGUGCCGCGUCUGUGCUGGUGCGAUUUGGCGCUUCUGCACAUGUGUGGAGCACGUUUUAGCGCUUCUGUGCGAGCAGCAAAACACAGAAGUAACCCGUUCCGGUACUUCCAGGUUUCCUGCGGUCCGCAACCCGAAAACACAUAACCUGAAGCGGCCGUAACAUGAGGUAUGACUGUAUUAUUAUGCAGUCAGUCUGUGGGGCAGCUUGCAGUAUCAGAUAAGCCAAGAGCAGGAGGAGCACAAUGAGCAGCCUUAUUACCUAGCCAGACCUUUAGGCCACCUGGCCUGGUCCUGUCUCUGUACCAACUGGCAGCGGCUGUUGUGAUGUCAGGCUGGAGUUGCCUACCUGGAGUUUUUUGCACCUGCCGCGUGUGCUCCAUCGCGGAGCUGGGCCCCUUCUCUGGAGAGGGAAGCUUGCUACAGAAUGGAAAGUGCUAGGACUCGGAGUGAUGGGCAGCAGCCAAAGCAAAAUGACUCUCUGGAGAACCUCUGUUGUUAUUUGCGAGUCAGCAGCUCGAGGAGAUACAGAUUUUUCCAUUAGGUGGUUGUAUUCAUUAAUUUAUGUAUGAAAUUUAUGUGCUGCUUAAGAUAAACAUAAAUCUCUUAAGCAGUUAAAAUAUAAUCAGGAGCAAAAGAAAAACAAUACAUUUUCCUUUAGGAAGCUCAAGAAGAGAAUAAAACUAUAUACCAUAGAUAAAAAUUAGUGGAACACGAAAAGAAAGCUUAAGAACCAGGAAUCGGAGUCCAGGGAAGUUUGGGUAAACAUAAACGUCUAUAAGAGGCCUUUUACGUUGCUUGUUGUCUCCAUCUCUCAAGCCAAGGGUGCUGCUGCCACAGCAAGAGCCCUCUUCUGGGUCACAAAGUGGCCAGCGUCCGGGGACCCUGGUUCCAAGUUGCUUAGGGCUUGGACCCUGAACUUGGCUCAGUAGCUGAGAGGCAGUCAGUGGAGAGCUUGGUGUGUGCACAGCUGGGUGCCCCACUGAGCAGCUUAGAAGCUGUAUUUUGUAUUAAGCACAGUUUGUGAACCCCAGUCUUUCUAAUUUUCUGCUGUGGCACCUUAUUUUUGGCUAUUCACGGGGCUGUUGUAUCACCUUAAAAAGAGAGGAUGUGGCCUGAUGGGGAUGCGAGAGCACUUCUGCGUAGGGGCUUUUGCUUCAAGAGAAUUAUUUGGACGUGGUGUUUUCCCCUAGUGACAUGAAUCUCCAUCUCUGGUUCCAGUUUCCUCCUCCCCUUUGUGUGAGAUGCGUCCUGUUUUGCGGGUGCCUCAGUCUUGCCUUGUUAGCCUGCAGGCAGGAAUUGUGAACACCUAACGAUACACAAUAUAGCAGCUUCUUGUUGGUUUAUUAUGGGAUGGAGGAAAUAGUAUGAGCAAUGACUGUUGCUGCUAGUUCCUAAUAGGUGAGAAAUGGAAUCUGCUUGUUGGGCUUGCCGAAACUACCACUUGUGUAGUUUCAGAGGUUUGUUCUGAGGCUUAAAAGGGGCUUCUGGUCGGUGUGUUUAAAGAUGCUUCCAUAUUAUUAAUAACUGUUUGGCCAUGAGGUGGGUGGGCAGUGCUGCUCCCCCUUUUCUGGAGUGGCUGCAAGCAGCCGCAAGGCACCUCUGGCUUUUUCGCACAGGCGCUGGUGGCGAUUGGCUCUGGGUGUUCCUCCCACCGCCCAGCGCUGUGCUUUGUCAGGCGUCCCCAGAGAGCAUCUGUUGUCUGAUGCCGGCAGCAUCCCUCUCUACCUGCUAAUGGGUCUCGCUCCCUGAGUUCCUUUCCGCCUGCCUCACUGCUGACAAAAGGAGGAGGUUUUUGAUCUUGGCAGACCACAGAAGCAGAUAAUAGCCUGGAAGGUGGCAGGAUUGCCCCUUUGCCUUCCACCCAUGGAAGUGCCCCCCGGGGGAGUAACAGGUGCGGCAAGAGUCUGGCCACGGGCGCGAUGGAUGGGAGCUGGCCUGGAGAGGAGCCUGAGUGAGUGAGGCUGGCUGCUGUCCUUCCCUGAGUGAUGCAGCUGUAAUCCUGCCUGCCGUUUGGCUGAUCACUCACUGUGGCUCAGCAGCUGACGGGGACCCACGCCUGCCUGCCUGCCUGCCUGCCUGCCUGCCUGCCUGCCAGCCAGCCACCUGCUGGGCUGCAGAGAUGAAUUACAUUUUUGGAAACAACACUCUGCUCUACUCGCGCACCAGUCGGGGCGGCAACACUGGAUCCGGCCAUAGCUCGGGAGGGCCCAAGCAGAAGCUGUGGGCAAAGAAGGGCUCUGGGGAUGCCCUGCCUUCCGAGGAGGCCGAGACUUCGCGCUGGCAGCAGAUUGCUGCCUUCUUCACUCGCAGGCAUCGCUUCUUCUUCUUUGACUGCAUCUCUGUGGCUGCCAGCUCCAGCCAGGUAAAGCGUCACUUGUUGAAAUUGGGGGGGGGGAGGGGGGGGGAGGGCAGCCAUCGAUAGAAGGGCUGGAUCUGGCAAUGGGAUCUCCUUCCACAGCUGCCAGGAUUAGGGCAGGGUGAGAAGAGGAAGGAAUAUUGCAGUCAGCCUCCUAGGUGCCUGGAUUUGGCUUUGAGCAUCUUAAAAACUUGCAUGAACACCAGCUUGGUGGCUUAACAUUUCUUCUGACCUGCCACAUAAAUGGGGAUUUUGGCACAAAUGUCUGACACGAUUGAGGCUGCAAAAUUAGACUUAGUCAAACAGCUGGAUUCCAGGGAGAGGCUAGGAGGGCAACCUAGGGCACAAAUAGCAGGCUGCAUGGCCUUGUUUGGUUGGGUGGGCAAGCGUUGUCCUGACUCUGUUCCGAGGGCUCUGGGUCGCCAUGGCUGAGAUGUCUGACCCCAAUGGGGUCUUGGUAGGCCUGGUGAGAUAAAGGAAGAGAACAGAGUUGGAAGUGCCUCUUUACAGGAGCUGGCAGCCAAGACCGGGAGGCUUGUCUCUGCAGAGCCCCAGGAAAUGACCAGGCCGGGAGGGCAGUGAGUUCAGUUUCCCACCCUGAGUGCAGGAAAGGAGAGCACUCUUAUUCCCAGAGCAUCCCAGGGAUUGUAACUUGCCCAACUUUGUUUGAAAAGUUUCCAAGGGGUGAAUUUCCACAGCUUUGCAAGGCAGCCUUGGCUCCUGCUGGGCUGCUCUGAGAGCUAUGAAAAAAUGUUGGGCUGCUUCCUUCCUGUAACUCAAGCACGUUACUUUCAUGUUCCUUCCUGGGUGGAUAUAGAUAGGGCAAGUUUUCUCCUCCUUUUUGGCACCUUUGUCAGUAUCUGACACCCACAUGCUCCCUUGUGGCCUUUUCUCAGCCUUUACUCAGGACUUGCCUUUUCGGCUUGAGUUCUCCCACCUCCGUGGUUUAUACCAGCCCCAAGCCCACAAGACAGGCCUGUGUUGCAGAUAUAGGCAGAGAGGGAAGGGGGCAGGGGGGUUGCAAUGUCCUAGUGAGUUUGGGGCUGAGCAUGGGUGCUUCCUGGCUUCCAGCUCUCCCUCUGUCUCUCUUUUCUCUGCAGCCCAGUGGAGGCCCAGUGUCCUCCAGGCCUCUAGUUGCCAGCUAAAUCUUAGUGCUGCUGCAGCACCUCAUGAGCUCUCUGGCCUCAUUCUUCUUUGCACAUGUUGAGGCCCUUGAGGUCCAUACCACUUUUUUGCUAGCAUUCUGUUGCUCUUCGCUGCCCAAGCACCCCAUUCUCUUGCUCCAGGAGCAUCAUCCCAUUCUGAUGCUCCUGCAAGAGCGUUGACUUAGACUUCCUGCCAAAUUGUUCCAAAGAUGCUGACAGUCCUUGAACCAGCUGAAUUUCUCUUCUCCAUCUGAUGCCGAUCUGCUCUAGUUUGAUCUUGGCAUAUGUAUUCAGUAAGUUUGGUAUCUUUUAGUGCUUUCAUCUACUCUGGUAAGACAAGUAUAGCUGCUCCUGAGUUCGGAUUCCUCGACCACAGUUGUCCGUGCAGUUGUCCUCAAGCUUGGAUUACUGCAGUCGGCUCUACGUGGGGCUGGCCUUUAGGUUGGUCCAGACGGCAGCUGGUGCCUGUCUGUCCACGUUCCUGUUCUCACAGUGGCCAACCCGAUGCUCCUAUGGGGAGCCUGCAAGCAGGACAUCAGUGCUCUCCCCACUGUUGUUCCCCAACAGCUAUUAUUCCGAGACCUCAUAUCUGGAAGCCGUUGAGCUUAAUCCUCCACUAAUUUGGCUAAACCCUUUCAAAGCCGUCCAUUCAAGAUGGUGGCCAUCGCUGCAACCCCUGGGAGUAAAUUCUAUAGUUGUAAGUCUGUGCUGUGUGAAGAAAUACUUGCCCAUCCUUAAUUCUCCAAUAUUUAGCUUUGUUGGAUACCUCUGGGUUCUUCUAGUGUUAUGUAACAGGAAGACAAAGUUGCCUUUAUUUCUACCACACCCGGCAUGAUUUCAUAGACUUCUAUUUUUUAAAAAAAAUAAUGAUAUUUAUUAAAGUUUCAAAAAAGUACAAAAAAUACAGAAUACAAAAGGAAAAGAAAAAAUAAAGUUGUUUUUUUUUAAAUAUAACCAAAGAAGUAAAAAAUAAAAGAAAACAUACCAGAUAAAACAAUUAAAAGAACAUUAAAUUUCCAUAACCUAUCUUCCUUGUACUUAUUUCCCCGGACCUCCUCAUACCUCCCUUUUUUGUAUUCCAGUUCAAUUUGUUGAUUCAGCAAAUCCUUACCAUUAAAAUUACCCAGUUGCAAACCUUUUUUCAUAUCUCUUAAAGCAUUACAGCUAAAAAAAACCCUUAGUUUCUAUCCAACAUCCUUCUAAGAUUCCUUAAUUUUACAAUAUUUCUGUAAAUAGUCUUUAAAUUUCUUCCAGUCUUCUUUCACCAUCUCUUCUCUCUGGUCUCAGAUUCUGCCAGUCAUUUCCGCCAGUUCCAUGUAGUCAAUCACCUGAUUUCAUAGACUUCUAUCAUGCCACACCUAAACUAGUAUUUUAAAAUAGUUUAGUGUUGUUUUUUUUCCAAAACCAAAAAGCCCCUCACAGCCUUUUCUCAUAGUGGAAUUGUUCCAACCUCUUUAGCACACCUUUAACUCCCUUGUUCUCAAAUGGUCCAGUUGCUUCCCCUGAUUCGUUGAAAUAUUUUUUAUUGUGGAUUCUAAUGGUCUUGGCUAUCUGCUGCUUGAAUUCUUUUUUUGUACCCCUUACUGUCUGCUUGUCUUCCUUUUGCCAAAGUUUGUGUUCCUUUUUGUUCCCCUCAUGUGAGCAGCCCUUCUGGUUUUGAAAGGGAGCCUCCUGGCCUCCUCACAGCUUCCCUGACUGCUUGCUGACCACACAGGUAUCCUGUUGACCUUGGUGACACUUUUCCUCAUCUGUAGUAUACAUAAUCAUCAUUACUGUUUUUUACAUUGAUUUGUCACUUGCUACAAAAUUGGCUCAAAACCACGUCUAAUUAUAAAGGCAUUCCUAAUAUAAAAUGUAAGACACACACACAUAUGUAUAUGUAUACAGGAACAUUAAUUAGCCAAAAUCUUGCAAGAAUGUAAAAAGAACAGAUGCUUCUUGAACACCUAUGAAGACUUGGAUAUGGUCAUACUUGCGAUCCGAUGCUUGGGUGACAGGAGCACGUUGUCUGGCACCUGGGAGAGCAAAAUUCACAGGAGGUUUCCAAGAGUUGUAGGUUGAAACCAGCCUGUGGGGCUGGGCUUGCAAAUGAAUUGGCAGCCAGGUCUGAAUUAGUAAAACAAGGUGGUUAGCGUAUGAAACAUGGAAAGAACAGGCCUGUCUGGAUGCUUCAGUGCAGGGGGCAGCCCCCCCCCCGGUGCCCUCCAGAUGCUGUGGGCAAGAACUCACAUCGCCCCCAGCCGCUCGGCCAAUGUUCAGGGAUCACGGGAAUCCCUGUACUCUGGGCACUGGUGGCUGCUGCUUGGUAGCUCUGCCAGGUGCUGGCGCCAGUAGCGCCCGUCUCAGAGGCGCCCAAACACCGAGGGACAAAAACGCCCCCCAGCAGCUUGGUGCCAUUAUUUGUGGCAGGAAUCCUGCGGCAUCCAUUGUGGGCAGUUGCAGCCCAGCAGCUGCGGUUGCCACUGCAGAGUAUGAAAGCCUUUAAGCGCUCCAGUGGCUUUCAGAAGAAGGUUUUUGGCAAUGACCCACCACGGAAAGGCUGAGCCAGGGAUGAAUGGGUAGGAUUAGCUGGGUGGGGUGGAGUUAGCUGGGGUGGAUGGUUAGGAGCCAGCAGGUGUCUUGCUGUCCCACAGGCAGAGAUGCAAAAUUUUGGUGAAUAACAAACAAACAUGCUAUUGCAAAAAGCUUGGGAAACUAUUUAUCUAUGCACGUGGAGCAGUUAAAUCUCAAUUUGGUCUGGCAUUUUUCUCCAAGGUGUUGCUUGAGCUUAAAUGCUUCUAAAUUGCAAUCAGGAAGGCUUGCUGUGUGUUUAAUUUCAACUCGCCAACCCUGAACGUCCCUAGAAGGGGUGGCUGGAGGAGGAGAGGGAUUGAGAUUCUUCCUGUGUGCAUCACAUUUUCUUAGUAAGCAGAGCUCUAUUUAGAACGCUGAAGGCCACUUGGAUUUUCAAUACUGUAUUGUGAAUAAUUUGGUAUCACCUGCAAAUUUGGUCACCUCUCAGCUCACCCAUAACUCCAUGUUGUUUGUGAAAACUUUGAAAAGUGCCCGUUCUUAUCUGUCUUCAUUGUGAGAGCUACUCUGCUAUCAUAUCACAUUAGGUGCCGAGUUCUGGCAGCUGUGUAGCCCAAACAAGAUGACGGAGAAACAAGAGGGGUGUGUGUCAGACCGUGCAGCAUCCCCCCUCCCCGCAAACAAAGGGGGGAGCACAAACUGAGGGCUGGUGUCACCUGUGUCAUCACAUCCUACUGACGAUUGAACAUGCUCAGUGUCUUAGAAAUCCCGACGGUCUGUUGGCUUCUGGGGGGUGGGAAUAGAAAACUGGCAGGUGGGUGAAAAGCAAGACUGGCUGCCUGCACACCAAACAGGAGCAUUCUCUUUGGCAACACCUUGUUGUAGAUCUCAUGCUCUGUUUUGUAUUCUUUAACCAUUUACCCAUUCAAAUGAGGACUUGCCUGCUAAUUCCAUGACUGUGAAGGUUGCUCAGGAGCCUUUGUCAGGGAAUUGGUGGAAACCUUUUGAAAGUACAAGAAUUUGAUGUCUACCAGUUCAUCUGUCUACUGACUUGCUUGUUGGCAUUCUAAAAUGACAGUCUGAAAUGUUAGUAAGGAUUUCCUUUUGCAGAAGCCACGUUGAUCCAGCUUCAGCAAGACUCAAUAGUUUUAUCUCACAAGUUUCCACCCUUCGGUCUGGAACAAAUAUUAAGCUGACUAGGGCUGGGAAAUAUUAGGUUUUAACAUCGCAGUGUGUCACCAGCCAGACAUCGCGGUUUGCCGAUAUACCAUGAUGUUGAGAAAAGCUGCAUUGGCCCCAUCCCUUGCGGUGGUGGGUGAAACUGCCACAGCUCUCACUGCGGAGCCUUGCAGGGCCCAAGCCCCCUGCUCAGCUGGGGGGGAGGCUUGCGCCGAACAGCUGAGUGAGCCAGACCACUCCCCAAGAUGGAGGGAGCCCUGACAGGCUCCCUUGGCAAGGCUUACUCGCCUGCGAGGGGAAGGGGGGGCAAGCAACCUCCUUCUCCUGGGAGAAAGAGGCCACUUGCUCCCCCCCCCCAGCUGAGUGGGUCUGGAUCCUCCUCCUGCUCUUGUGCAAACAGGAAAAUUAUUGGGGCUUCCUCAGCUUGGGAGCAGGAGCAGAUUUACGCCCCCCCCCCCGAUGACUCGUGUGAACUGGUGGCGGGUCUGGGUCUCCGUCAAACUGCUUGGCUGAGGCGAGGGCAGCUGCACUCCUGCACUGGUCGGGGGGGGGGGGACUGACCACGAUGGCGGCUUCACUCAGUGGUAUAUCGCUAGUAAAACCACCGUGGCUCCUGAGUCCCUCUGCCUCCAGCCCAGCCUGGCUGCAGCUUGUUUCUCCCUAGGCAUGCUGAGUGCGGGGGGGGGGGGGACACGGGACUGAGGAGUGGCAGAGGUUUCACCCGUGAUACAGCGCUGAGUGAAAGCCCCAUUGCGGUGAGCCCCUCAUACCGGUCCUGGGCAAUAUUCCAAUAUAUCACCAGGCCUGAAGCUGACCUGCCUAUAAUUUCUUCAGUCUCAAGUCUUACUUUGGCUACUUUCCAGUUCUCUAGAAUGUAGGCUGAUUUUAGGGACAAGUUAUGUAAUUUCCUUAGAAGACCAGCAUUCCCAUUUACAUUCUUUAACUCGCAGGUGGAUGCUGUGGGGACCUGGUGACUGGUUAACUUUUAAUGUCAAUAAGCCCUUGUUGGCAUGUGGCUCAAUUUUUUGGGUCUCUCUCUCUCUCUCUCUCUCUCUCUCUCUCUCUCUCACACACACACACACACACACACACAGAGAGAGAGAGAGAUAUUAAAUUCCGCUUCUCUCCUUCCCAAGUACUCUCUUUGCUCCCUUGUGUAAUGCUCCAUCAUCUCCCCGGCUGGUCUCUUGCUUCUGAUGUAUUUAAAGACAUGGCUGUUGUUUUUAUUAUGCAUCUCUCAGAUUUUUUCUGCCUUCCCACUCGCUGCUGGGAACUAGAACAGUGCUUCUUGCCAGUGGUGUCUGUUUGGCAGGGAUUGUGUGGGCUGUCAGUAGAUUUGAAGAGCCCAGAUUGUGCCUCAAUUCGCCGGCCGUUUCCCAGGGCCAGGAGUGGGGCUGCAGCUUUAUCCCUCUCUCUGAGGUCAUGUGCUUUCCCCAAGCCAGUGCUUCUUGCAGAUGGUUGUGUGAAAAGAAAGCCCCGUGGGCAAGCGCCUGCCUGUGCGUGGAAAGGCUCCAUGCCGCUGGGACACCUGCACAGCGCCUCAGCCAUGUGGAGCCCCUACUCACGAGCAGGCACUGGCAAUAAUAAUAAUAAUAAUAAUAAUUUAUUAUUUAUACCCCGCCCAUCUGGCUGGGCUUCCCCGGCCACUCUGGGCGGCUUCCAAAAUAAUAUUAAAAUACUAUAAUACAUCAAACAUUAAAAGCUUCCCGAAACAGGGCUGCCUUCAGACGGGGCUCCUUUCUCGCACAGCUGUGUGCAGCAUGUGGUUCUUGGUGGUGUGUAUGUGGAGGCAGCUCUACGGUGCCAGGUGAGGCCGAAAGGACAGCCCUCUGCUCCCCACACUUAGGCCCUGGAGUCUGGAGAGGGUCGCAUCCUGCCUCUUGUGUGCAGUUGUGUACGGAAAUGGCUUGGGGAUUCUCCAGUGAUGGAUUCGUUGUCAUGCAGACACACAACCAAAUGCAGAAGACCAGCAGAUGUUUCCCUUCACAUUUUUACAGUAUAUCACAGAUGUCAUCCUGAGCCACCAAAUUGCCCCUCUUCCUUUCUCCAGACGACUUCUUCUUCUUUUUCUUCCCCUGUAAUGUUGGAUGAAUAAUAAUAAUAUAGGUUGCCAGUUCAUGUUUUUAGGUGAGAUGGUGCAUCAUAUUUUACUUCCAGUUUUAAAAGAAGCAAUAGGAGAUGCUUCCUUGGUUACCUAGCAACUGUGUGAUAUCCCACCUAGGUCCCCACCUCCAGUAAUUCCUUUUAGCUCCUGCUGACGUGAAACCAGCUGGAAUCAGACCCUCCUGCGCUCACUUUCCUCUUGUCUCUUAAGUUAAGGUUUCAUCAAGGGGGAAAGUGCCUUAUUUGGGGCCAGUUGAUGACCUUCUGUGGGCCUUCCUCUUCUCCCUAGUAAGAGGCAGAGUGAAAUCAUGUCCUGCUCUGUCUUCCUUCCAUUGUAAGGCGCAUGUUAUGUCCUGUGACAGAUCAGGCUGUGAGCAGCUUGGCCCAUGCAGGUCUCUUGUCCUGGGGCCAUGUGAUGAAUCCAGAGGCAGCUAAUCGUGUGCUCCUUGCUGUGUUCUGCCCAGGUGUUUGAUGCACCUGAGCUUUGCCAGCUUUUUAUUCAUGUAUCUCAAGGAUUUAUAUGUCCCCUUUUAGGGCAUAGCCCUUACAAGAUCAUAUACAGUCGUACCUUGGAUCCCAAACGCCUUGCAACUCAAACAUUUCGGCUCCCGAAUGCAGCAAACCCGGAAGUGAGUGUUCUGGUUUGCAAAUGUUUUUUGGAUCCUGAACAUUCGACACAGCUUCCAAUUGGGUGCAGGAAGCUUCUGCAGCCAAUUGGAAGCCACGCCUUGGUUGUCAAACGUUUUCAGAAGUUGAACAGACUGUACCAUGAUGAGGAAAGUUCCAUUAAGAUCCACUGGAAUGGUCAGACCAAAAUAAUUCUGUGUCCUAAGAAUGCCAGGAGGAAACAGUGACCUAAGAACUUUGGGGAAGGAGAGUCUUCAGGUCAGGAGCCACCUUGGAUUGAGCUGUUCCGCAGACGUUGGUGUCCAGUUUUCUUUCUCCUGUUCCCUCACAGUGGUGGCUCUGGCUUGCCUCAGAGGAGGUCUUGGAAGUCACACAUGACCCCUGCUUCCCAGGAAGGGGCUGAAGAAAUGGUCUCCUCCCCAGGGAGUCCAAGAGCUGGUAAACCCAGGGAAAGAGGCCCCAGAGUGUCUCAACGGUGGGCCCCUGCGCCUCUCCGCUGCAUCCACUGCCCCCUGAAUUCUGAGCUGUCGAGUGAGGUGGAUGCAGACCCUCUUGUUAAUCCACAGAGCCCAUCUCUAAGGACUAGUUCCCACCCGGCAGCCCCUUGCACCUCCAAGACAGAAGCACAGCAGCCUUUGGAGGUAGGGGAUCAGAGUUGUGGCCUUCUCGUACUCUACCACUCUUUGUCUCAGCAGCUGCAAUCCAGAAGAUUAGCUCGGGGGCAGGAUGGUUUGGGAGGUCUCUGGAGUCCUCCUCACCUAGCAACUGGAGCCCACCACACCACACACUCCCUUCACUUGGUAGCUCCUCCAGCAGGGACGCUUCCUCCUCCGCCCUCUCUGAGGGGGGCUUUUCCUUUGCUUUGGAGAGAGGCAGUGUGUUUCCAGCAGUGCUGGGGGGGGUGUUACAGCUUUUGGGUAUCUUGGUUGCCUCCUUUGCAGGGCCUGGAGGCAGCAUUCCAUUUGAGUGCAGAAGGGCUGGCCUGGCCUUGGCAAGCAGACCUGGCCCUCCCCAGCACACCUGCAGCCAUGCGAUGUACUGAUGAGCAUUUGCCCUCAUGCUCAGUCAUGGCGCAGGGUCUCAGGCUUCCUUGCCGUGUUGGAGUUUGCAGCAUAAAGGCACUGUGGACGUGCCAGGUGACCUUUGGCGCAGCUUCUCUUCCCUCUGCAGAGCAUUGAUUCUGUUUGCCUGGCAAAGGGGCCGACAGCGUGUUGCCCAAUGGGACGCCUUCUGUCUCUGGAGAGGGCGUGCAAAGCCGGGCUUCUGCUGGACUGGCCAGGAGAGCAUUUUGCUCGGCUGUCCGGAGGAAAUGUGCCACUGCCUCUCCGCUUCUGCCUGGGCUCCCUUUUAGCUGGCCGAGCAGCUUAAGUGGGCUCCUGGAUGGCCGCCUGUUCCCCCCCACGCAAGUGCUGCUGUGGGGCUCCUGACGGCUGUGAAGUGGGGCCUCUGAGGCCUGCUGGCUCUGCCACCAAGGCCUGGCCAGACGCACCUCCGGGGCUCCAGCCCCAGGAAGCAGCCGGGCAGCCGCCUUGUGUUUCAGCCACGUUGCCUGUGGCGUCCAAACACAGGGGCAGGUUCACCAACCUGCGCGACAGCGUGAAGAAGAGCCCCACCAAGAGCACCGCCAAGGUGAGGGCUGCCAGCGGGUGGGGCUCCGACAGCUCGUGGUCCAAUUGCUCCUCAGAGAAGGUAAGCCCCCCCCCCCGGCUCUGCCCCAGCUCCUUCUCCCUCCGUGCAGGACUCCAGCGCAAGGCGUCAGCUGGAAGGGGGCUUGCGUGCUCCUGAAGCGCUUUCCUGCUCCCUUGAGUUGCCACGAUGUCAGGCCAAGGAAGGUGGUUUCCCCACAAGUUGGUUGUGAGUGAGUCUGCAGGAAACCUCAGGUUGGUUUUCUGAGGAUUUGGUUUUCUGUGAAUGAAACUGUAAAAUUGUGCAACCCCCAGAGCCCACCCUUUGGAGGGGGCUUCAGCAGCAGGAGUGGUUUUUUAAACACUUUAAAAGGUAUUUGGAUGAGUGGGGGGGCACUGAGGGGGGUGCCUGAUUCUUUGGUGGCUGCGUGUUUGUGGGUAGGAAACAAGGGGCAGCACAUGAUGAGCAGGGCUCUCCAGUGACCAUAUUGAUUCUGUCCAAUUCCAAUAACCUAUUUAUAAAGCAGGUCACAUGCUGUGUGCUUGUAGAGGAUUCAGUUAGACCAGGGCUUGGCAGCCUUUUCUCUCACGCUUAUCUGCUGACUGGGAGAAGGAACAGAGUGGGUGCUGGCCAGGAUCCUGCCCCUCUUUCUCUGACCCCCUCUUCUCUCCCUUUUGGCCCAGGUCACUCUGCCUCACUAGGGGGCCAUUGGCAUUUGGUUGAGGGCUCCGUAAAAAUAGGCCAGAUAAUUUGCCUGUGGCCCCAAUUUAGAGGCCGGCUUGCUUGUCCUUUGCUUCUAAAGGGUGGCCGGGCUUGAGAGGUCUUUAGGGCACUUGCUUGCAUCUUUAGUAGUAUUAAUUUACAUGUGCUGAACAUUUACAUAAUGCCCAAGGGAGCUGUUUCUGCUUCACACCCUGGCCAGGCUUGUGCCCUGGGGAGUCACUUUGGCAGCGGUUUGACUUGACUCCCAGAGGGACACUCCGUUGUCUCUCGAGGCAGAUGGAUGCCAGCAACAACCAUUUAUUUAUUAACUUUUUUAUACCUCUCUUCAUCUGAAGAUCACAGGGCAGUUCACAACAUAAGCUUACGAAAGAAGAACACAAAGAACAUAGGGGAAAACAAAAGUAAACUAAUAAUCUCCGUCCCACAAACACAUUUCCAAGGCCGUUUGAGUGUGUAAUCAGCAAAAGGCCUGGUUAUAGAGGAACAUUUUCUCCUGGCACCCAAAGGUGUAUAAUGAAGGCUCCAGGUGAGUCUCCCUGGAUGGAUAGGAUAGAUGGACUCGGCCUUCAACGUUCUGUGACGGCUGUCUGUCCUGCUCCUUUCUCCUUUGGUCUUUAGUCUUCAUAAACUCCCUGAAAUUGAUGUUGGGGUUGGGUGCAUUUCUGCAAGACUCAAAAGGAGAGUGUGAGAGGGCUUGGGCAGUGGAAAGCUAGGUAAGCUGGGUGGUCUCUCUGCUUUCCUUCUAAAGGUUUGCCUUGUAUUCCCAGAAAGAGCCUCCCCUGCCUGUGGCUAGAGGGGACUUCAGGGGGUGGCAGCCCCUUGAGAGGCCCACCUGGACUGGCCGUUGUGGGAGGAAGGCACCCAAAGGUCUCCCCUCCUUCUGUUGCAGUGCUUGCUGCUCACGCUUCCUUGCUCUGUGGAAGUGCCUAAUAGGACCAGUGAAGUAAAAAUGGCAGGUGCAUUAUUCUUUUGAGUGAUUGUGGAUUCAGCCUUGUGUGUGCUGGAUGCCUCUGGGUAGGUGGAGAUGUCUGAAUAGCAUUGUGGUCCACCCCCCGAUUCCCCCCCCCCCCGGCAGGGGGACGCAAGGGGAGGAAGGGGCACUCAGCCGCGGUUCUGCUCUGGCUCCCAGCAAGCCCAGGGCGCCCCCAACGUCUGAGGGUUUGACUUUGCGGAUGCAAAAAUAUGACCUCCUGCUCCGCUUUUGUCAGCCCGCUUGGUAUCUGCUGUCUUCCCGGUUUAGAGUGUGCAGCGUGAGCAGCUUAUGGGCUCUGGUGAUUAGGGGUGUGGGGAGCAGGAAGAAGAGAUACUCAAAUGCUUCUUCAAGUGCUUCUUUGUUGCUGCUGAUAGAUGUGUGUGCAGCCAGGCUUUACAGACUGCUGGCUGUGCAAAAAUUACUUUUUAGUGGCCAGUGAUCCUGUCAAGGGGUGGAAUUAAGGAUGUCGAAGACUCAGGGGUGAGGGAGCAUCCUGAUAACUCCCCCUCCCAUUUUGGGGGGGCAUUUAUUAUAUAUUUAUUCAAGUGUUUAUAUACUACCCUAUUGCAAAUCCUCAGGGCAGUGCAUAGCAUAACACCUUAAAAACAUUUAAAAGCAGUGUGAAGCAUUCAUUAGAAUGACAGGCUACUCGAGGGACAUUUUAAACUAGGCCGAGACCCGUUGGCACCAGAAGGUUUCCAGGAAAGUCAGAAUUUAGAGUGGUGGGUGCUGUGCUCUUCUGAGCAAGCAGGAUAGUGAUGUCUGCCUGGCCCACCUUUGGCCCCGCGAGGCUUUUCCAGGCAAGCACACAGUAAGAGCCAGCUUGCCUCCUGCUGCUCCUGAAGGUAGGACUCGAACCAGGGGCAGAGUCCCACUAAGCAGGUGAAGAGCUUUCUGACAGAGAGCUGUUCAGCAGCAGCAUGGGCAGCCUCUCCAGGGGGUGGCCUUUCCUUCCGUGGAAGUUUUGAAGCAGCAGCUGGAUGGCCACCUGCCAGGGAUCCUGCAGCAGCAAUUGCUAACAUUGUAAUGACAGUUUCCCUUUUCAAAACCAGAGAAAUUCAGUGAUAAAAAAGAUGUCAGUUCAUAUAACCUCUGUACAGCCAUGGACACUGGAGUUUGAUUGGCUUGUGUGUGUGUGUAUAUAUAUAUAUAUAUAUAUGGACUAGGUUAUAAGAUAUUGUCUGAUAGGAUAAUAUAUUAUAUUAUAUAUUAUCUGAUAGGAUAAUAUUAUUAAUAUAAUCUGAUAGGAAAACCAUUGUUUGUAUCUGUAUUUUUUCUUUUCCUUUUAACAAAAAACCCCCAAAAGUAAAAAAAAAUAUUGGGGGUGCACAGGGAUUGGGAACCUGUGGCUCUCCACUGGUUGCUGGACUCCAGCUCCCCCCCCCCCAGUGCCAAGGGGGCUGGGGGCUGUGCAGAGGGGGAGGGGGAGAGGCCUGCUGGUUUAAGGCCACAGUUAAGUCUACCUCAUCUUGUCCUCAGCUCUACAAAUCCAGCUGAUUGGAAGCCAAGAAGACUAGAACAGAUGUGCCACAAGUUGUGCUUGCUUGCGCCUUGCAGUGCCAAAUCCAGGAGAGCCUGGGACUGGCAAAAAUGCUCCAUGUUGUCCUGGGUCUCUGAAACACAGCUGCAGCCCCGACUCCCGGGGUCCUUUGCAGCAGUGCCUCUCCGAGGGAGACCUCCCUCUGCCACGGUCUAGCGCAGUCUGCAUACUGGCCAGGGCCCUCUCCCAGGAGGACUCCACACAGGAAAAGGUGGGGCAUCUUUGCUGCUUCCACCCAGGCACUCCAGCCUCCUCCUAUGGAUUGGGGUCUGAAAGCCCAAGGAAGGGGCACAUGGAAAGUAACUGACAAGCCGUUGCGACUUUCAACACUGCACAGCAUCUUCAUUGGUAAAGGGGCACAAAUGUCACAGCAUCAGCCUUCGCUUCCAGUUUCCUGAAUUUGUGGAGCUUGAGCCAACUUUGAAUUGUAGAGUUGGGAGGGACCCCAGGGGUCAGCUAGUCCAGCCCCUUUUAUGAGGAAGCCUUGACCCUCAGAAUCACUUGAUGAGCCGUUGUGUUGUGCCUUGCUGGUGAGAAGAAAAGGGGAAUGUGUGUGUAUGUUUGUGCUUUCCAAAAGAUGCUGGGGUUGCAAGUUGAUCUUCAGAGCAGCCCCUGCUGGACUUUUGCCUUCUGCGGCCAGUUCUAUCCGCGAGAGCCGGGGGGGGGAGCGCCUCUUCCACCCGCAACCUUUAGAUUCAACUCCUGACUUCUCUCCAUUCAUGCUUUUAGAUACCAGAAGCUGUUCCUCUUUCUCUUCCCGUUGUCUCUGUCCUGCCAGUCCCUGCUGAGACCACACUCAUCCCAUCUUCCAUCUCACAGGUUUUUAUUCCUCACCCCACCCCCUGGCAUGCCAGGGCCUGUCUUGCUAUGGUUGUCUCUGUGAUUGCAUGCCCGUUUGGUCCUGGGGUCCUUGGAACUCAGCGUAGCUUUUUCUUCCCCUUUGGGCAUGCUGCAGAAUGGAGUGGUUGCAUUGCCUCCUUGGGCUGACUGCAUGUGCAUCUCAGUGGCAGGGGAAGGCUUCUCCUGCAGAAGGCCCCAGGCCGGGCAGGAGCUGAGCACCGCCUGAGCAUGUGGAGAGCCGCUGCCCAGGCGCCUGGCUCAACUGCUGUGGCCCCUGCCAUGAAGACGCUGGCCUGCUGACCUCUCAGGACUCCUGCUGCACAGCGGUGCUGGGGGACCUGCUCCCACUGCUGCGUCUGCUCAGAGGCCAGGCUCUUCUAGGGAGAUGCCCGCUGACUUCAUAGUCCGACUGAGAGGAGGGGAAGAGGGCCUUGGCACUCACAAGGCAGAUGGGUAGGCUGGCUAAUCCAGGCUAAUUCUUUUCUCAGCUGAGUCAUUCUCCACAUACAUAAAAGAUGCCUCCUUAUAUUUGGCUCAGCAAAGCACUCUCUAAGUUGUUGGUCUGGGGCAGUUGCAUCAGAACUGCUUCCUGUUCUGGAAUGUGAAGGUGAGCAGCUUGUAGGCUUGACCGGCUUGACCCAGGUAGAUGGUGCUAGAUCCUUUGACACUGGCCGACCUAGAAAUCAUAAAAUAAAAUAGUAGAAUUUAUUAUAUAGAUUUCUACUCUGCGCUUCAAACAGAUCUGUACAUACUAAAGGCAGCAAUAUAUAACAGAGCAGUGACUAUAGCAGAGGCAAAGCAGAUUGCAAGCCUGGAAAAAUAAUUGUUAAUGUUUAUUGUAUGGCACCACCAGUGUCCUGUUGCUUUAUAGUGAAUAAGAUGACAGGUCCCUGUCCCAAGGAGCUUACAGUCUAACAUUAGUAGUUUUUGAGGAGAGUCAAAGAAGAAGUCAUGUCCAAAUGAAGAGAACUAAAAGGUGGGUUGGGGAGUGCAAGCAGGCAGUAAGGGAUGCCAGCUCUUCCUCUAGCACAUACCAUUUGUCUUCUCACAAGAGCAGAGAAAUAUAUGGGUUGGAGAGGUUUAUGGGAUUGUGUCAGCAAAGCAUGCCUGUUGCACUCUGGCUUCAAAAUGGGCUGCAGUUUAUUAACCGCUUUGGUAGGGAUCCGUUUUGCUCUUUCAGCUGCAACUGGCCUCUUCCUCUGGGUGUCCCCUGGUAUUUGCUUUCAGGAGCAAGCAGCUUGACCCUUUUGCACUGCAGAGUGGGCAACCCUUAAAGGGAGCGGCAGUCAUCUGCCCAGAAAGAAACAAGGCUCUGUGGCUUCCCUUUGGGCAUUCCUACUAAUUCACGGCUGUUAUAUUUUUAUUCCAAAGGCAAAUCCUCCUCCAGUGGUGGUGAACACCGAAACUUUGGAGACCCCAACCUACGUAAGUGUCUAUUCAUAUUUGAUUGCCUUGUAUGUCUUUCCAGUGAAGCUCAGUGAAAACCUAUGCUCUGUGCUGUGCUAAUUUUUUUUUAUUAAAAAAAGUGGUGAAUCCACAUUUAGGCAGUUAUGCUUUAGCUUCCCAUAUCACCUGGGCUAUCUAUCUAUCUGCAGGGAAAUAAGAAAGCUCUCUCUGGUGGGGAAAGAGAGAAAAUCUCUUGCCAUGUUAGAAGUUGGGGGUGAACCAGUUACACUUGAUAGGUUUGAGGCAUCUGCAAUGCAGAGCUAGCACUGGGCAUUGGUUGCCCCACGAUGGGGUGGCAUCUGCCAUCAGCUCCUAGCUCAGCUGAGAUAGAUGCCCAGACCGGGGUGUAAGGGGAAGAGGGCUCUGCCACGGAGUUUUGUGGGUGGAAGCCAAAUGGAACUCCAGGCUCAAAGGCAGCAUACAAAGUGUCUUGCUGGUUCAAGCCAAAGUUUACACUAGAUUAGAAUUGGGGAGCUUUUGAGAGGUUGCUGAACUUACAACUACCAUUGGCUUAGCAAGCAUAGCCAAUUGGCAGGCAUGAUGGGAGUUGUAGUUUAGCAACACCGGGAGAGGACAAUUCCCCACACCUGCCCUAGACCAACAUUCUGUUGGCAACAGUAGCUGGACAGAUGUCUUUGGAAACUCACAAGCAAGACAUGCUGGCUAAUAACUAUUUAAAAAUAAAAUAAAAUAAAUUGCUUACCGCAGGAAAAAAUGUCUCAAAGUGACUUACAUUUUUUUUUUAAAAAAGCAUACAAUACCAAAUGUAAAACACAUCAAAUGAUUUUAAAGAAUUAAUUUUUUUUUAAUAAAGUGCCCAUCCUGCAAUAACAUAGCACAGCUCCCAUUCCACUCAUCUAAAAGAUGAGCCUGGGGUAAAGAAGCACAUCUUCACUGUGCCUAAAGGCGCAUCUGUCUAGGGAAAGCAUCCCACAGUUGGGGAGCCACCACUGAGAAGGCCUGAUCCCAUGCUGCCAUCCACCGCUCAAAUGUGGGGCCUGUUGAUGCCUGUGUGAAUGAGAAGCAGAGUUACGUGCCAUCUGCACGUUGAUAAUGGCACAUUCCAAAUCCCUGGAUGACCCCACUCAUCUUGAGACAGUGGAGGAGAAUCGUUCCUCACAAGUCCCAGGGUGGCUUCUCACAUGGCGGAGGUGUUCUCUGUUUUGGCACAGGGUCCAUUUCCAACCCUCCUUUGCCGGCAGGGCCAGAGCCCAGUGCAAUGCAGUGGUCUUUGCAGCUGCCACGCUCCAGAAGCAUCAGGUGCACUUAAAAGUGGCCUCCCCACCCCUCAGUCGGCUGACCCAUUUCCUGGCCGGCUCUUUCUGCUUCCUGUGUUCGGCAGCACCUUCGGCAGAGGGCUGUUUGUUCCCGACCUGUCGCCCUCGCCAGCGGAGUAAUGCAACACCAAGGACUCCUUUGAGAGCCUUUGCUUUGUCUGGAGCCAGCCUGGAGGAGAUCAGGUUCCACAUGUUAAUGACUCUGGGCUGGCAGCCUCUUGCCCUGGAAGCAGGAUCACAUGUUGAGCGCAGAGUCUGCUUCCAGCGGGAAGGAGCAAAACGUGGCAUUUUGCUUGAUUGGUGGCUUGAACAGGAGUGGUCCUUCAAGCAGCUGUUUAGGCACCUAAAUGUCUGAGCUGUUGCAUUUUGAACAAGCUGCAGGGAUGCCCAGGACUGGCUGCUGAGGGCUGUGUGGAGAUUUUGAUUUAAUCUAUUCAUGCCACCAAGGAGCUCAGGAUUGCGUCUGCAGAUGGAUCUCUUUUGCAUUGGUUUUACCUCCAGAACAAGGAGAUUGAUAAGCCAUCAGAGGAUCACAGGGCGGUUUACAGUAUAAAAACACAAAACUACACACCAUAAUAACAAGCAAAAACCAUCCCCCCUCCCAGUUUAUAAGGCCAUAGAGUGUUGAAUCAGCCCAAGGCCUGGGAGAAGAGGGAAGUUUUCGCCUCGUGCCUAAAGAUUUGUAAGGAAGGAACCCAAUUGUGUAAAACUUUGGAUUUGUUUGAAUUCCAUUUGAAGAGCACUUUUAUUGAACUCCCCAGCUACUUUGCAGCUAUUGUUAAAACACAAACUAUCCAGAUAUUUCGGUAGCACAUAGAACUAGCAUGGCAAACUUUUCAAGUUUUGUUUAUUAAAUAUGUCAAAUAAACACAGUAAGUCAAAUUUAAGCAGCAGAAAGUUUUCUCCACAGUUUAUCCAGUCACAUUUCCCCAGAAAAUCCACACCACUAGUCUUAAGCAGGCGACUGCUUCCUUUCCUCAUCUACCCAAAGGGGAGUGCUAGGAAGAGUCAGUCUCUGAAGAAGGUGGACAAGUCAGAUGGCAAACUAUUUGGUGUUUUUCAAGUUAGCCAGUCAGUCCCUGGGUCUGUCAGCACCUGUUGCUCUGCUGUGUUUUUCUGUUCCUUGAGCAAGAAAAUGUUCUCUUUCUGGAAUGGGGGGAGGGAGCUUCUGGUAUUUAUUUCUGUCUCUGGUGCGCAUGCACACACCAGCAGGAAAGGGGAGUUCUUAAUAUUUUCGCAAUCUCUCCUCCCCUUGCAUGGUCCCCGCGGCAGUUGCGCCAAGCAGAGUGAACCAUCAAACAUGGUGUCAGCAGCCAUCAGCCGGGGCACACGCUUCCUCUGAAGAAUCCACAAACAUUCCAUGCUUUUGUCUUCAUGUAGGUCAAUGGCACAGAUGCAGAUUUUGAAUAUGAAGAAAUUACACUGGAAAGGGUAAGGAGGAGCUCCUACAACCUUUGAUUUCCCAAGGGAUUUGUUUUUUCUCCCUGUUUGGGAGGGGUUGCUUCUGCUUCCCUCUCUUGGCUGCUGCCCUGCUCUUAUGGCUUCUUAAUGCCCAUUUGCCAGAGGAGCUCUGUUGCCUGGCGUGGUUCAUGAUGCCCUGGCCAAAGCAGGCAGGAGAGGCAGGUCUGCCUGGCUUCAUGGCACCCAUCCUACUACUGCUGUGGCUUUUUGGAGCUGCCAUUCCUCACACACGUGGCUCCUGGAGUAGAGCCUGUUGGAAGGGCCACAGCUCAAAUCCUUGCUCAAAGUCCAGCUGCCAUUGCGUUGGGUGGGGGCUAUAAGCCCUUGUGGCAAAUGAACGAGAUGGAAAGUUCCAGCUGCAAGCUUUUCUGCCAGACGGAUUCCUGGGCUAUCAUCAAGCAUCAGGAAGGUGAUGGGGGGAGAGUUCGCUAGUGCCAAGACCUUCAUGUGCUGUUUCAACAAUCAUAAUGAAAUAAGUUUAAAGUCAUUCCUUUUACUGUUAAUUUUCCUGUGGAGCUGACAGUUUUCCCUGUCAAAUGGAAAUGUUGGCACCAUACGGCAUUUUCUGCUUCCUUCCACACGCUGACAACCCCUCUUAGCUCAUCCAAAAGUAUCCUUUGAAGUCGGUAUCCCUCUUGGUCGAUCACAGGUGCUUUGGUUCUCUUCCCCCAGGGCAAUUCAGGACUUGGCUUCAGCAUUGCAGGAGGUACGGACAACCCCCACAUUGGGGACGACUCGAGUAUCUUCAUUACAAAGAUCAUCCCGGGAGGAGCUGCUGCCCAAGAUGGAAGAUUGCGGUACGUCAGUUCCUUCUGUGUUCCAGGCUUUGGCUCCAUCUAAUGUCCAUCUUCGCAACAGUCCGGGAAAAGAGGCAGCAUGGCUGCUGUUCCUGCAGAGGGCAAGCUGAGCUGGUGUGGGAUUCAUCCAGUCCUGAUUCCUGACUCUUAGGAGGAUGCUUGCAGCAGCCUGGAGCCUUCAGCAUUAGCCGUCUCUUCAGGGUUGGCCAUAAGGCAGAACUGGGGAACCUGUGCCCCUCCAGGUGCUCCCCUCAGCCGCAGGCAGCAGGCCCAGAGGGAGGGGGAGGAGCUCUAGGCCAGUGACCAAAGGGCGCCCUUCUUGCCCAGCAUCUUGUUACCAGUGGCCAUCCAGGUGCCCAUUAUGGGCAGCCCACAAGCAAAACCUGAGUGCAACAGCAUUUCCAGGAACUGGUUUUUGGAAGCAUUAAUGCCUCUGACGGUGGAGAAAGAGGAUAACCAUUGAUAACCCUCUCCUUCAUGAAUUUGUCUCUUCCUCUUUUGAAGCCAUCCAAGUCUGUGACCAUCUUAUGGCCCUGAAUUUUAGUUUGUGUGUGUGUGCUGCGUAAGAAGUACUUUCGUCUUACCUUCCAUCUUCCAUCAUUGAGUUCCAUUCAAUGAGCCCAUGGAUUUAGCAUUCUGAGAGGACAAAAGCACGUGUGUGCGUGUGUGUGCGUGUACCUGGAUGCCAUUCAGGGCCACCUUUGCUCUCCACCUGCAGGGUGAACGACUGCAUUUUGCGCGUCAACGAGGUGGACGUCCGUGAUGUGACGCAUAGCAAAGCCGUAGAAGCCUUGAAGGAGGCUGGCUCCGUAGUCCGGCUGCAUGUCAAGAGAAGAAAACAAGUAACGGAAAAAAUCAUGGAGAUCAAGCUCGUGAAAGGCCCCAAAGGUUUGUGGCGGAAGGGAGCAAGCCAUGCUUAGUUUAGGGAUGGGGUGGGGGUGGCAUUUGGACUGCACACAGCAGUGUGUGGUUUUGGUUGGAAAUUCCAGUCGCUCCUGUAGAAGCUGGAAGAGAGCCCAUGCCUUGUGGCCUUGAAGGCUGUGGGCAGCCUUCACCCCCAAGUUAUCACUGGUGGGUGACUGUGAGCCUUCCAGCCCAUGGACUGGGGGGUGGGGGUGUCCCUGCCCUUGCCUGAUUCUCACCAGACCAUUCCCUGCUCCAGAGUCCCCGGCUCAACAGUGGAACGGUCUCCCUCAGGAGGUUGUGGAUUCUCCUUCCUUGGAGGUUUCCAAGCAGAAGUUGAUUGGCCCUCUGUCACAAGUGCUUUAGCCAAGAUUCCUGCAUUGCAGGGGGUUGGACUAGAUGACCCACGGGGUCCCUUCCAGCUCUACCAUUCUACCAUUCCUCUGCUUUUCCCACAGAGGUCUGGACUGUGGUCAGAUACUUUGACGUGCAAGCUGGUUGUAGAGUUGCAGACAGUCUGCGGAAGUUGUGCUGAUAACGGUCUUUGCUCUCUUGAAGCAGGUCUUGGGUUUAGCAUCGCUGGGGGUGUUGGAAACCAGCACAUUCCUGGAGACAACAGCAUCUAUGUCACCAAGAUCAUUGAAGGAGGUGCAGCACACAAGGAUGGCAAGCUCCAGAUUGGAGACAAACUGAUGGCUGUGAGUUGAAGCUGCAGUAUCCCUCUGUUUUUGGCACAGCUCCACAGAGGCUGUCCUCAAAGCCAGGGGUUGCCCUCCUUUCAUGCAGGACUCUUUGUUGGGAGCCAAUGAGUCAUUUCUAAGCUACAAAGCUGCCUUGGGGGUCUCCCUGAGUCUCUGCAGUGUUGCCUGCUGCAUCUUGGCAGGUCAGUGGUUUAUCAUGGAGAAGACUGCAAAGCUCACUUGACUGCCUCUGGCUUAUCAGAGCCAGAUGUAUCCAGUUUUCUUUGCUGGGAAACAAGCCCUGGACUCAGAACACCUUGCACAGCUAAGGAAAUCCUCUAAAUGGCGCUGCAAUAUGGGAAGUCAAACAUGGGAGGGCUGGACAGUCCUUAAGAGGCCUCUGUCAGUCCACAGGAGAGGCUCUAAUGUACAAAGACAGCAGUAGAGAACUGAAAACAAGAUAUGCUUGACUAUAGAAAGCCCCGAGGUCUGUGCCGUCGGGCUCAUGUGCUGCCCCUGCCUACUCCCAGCGCAGAAAAGGGCCUUGUGCUUCUCUCAGCCAUUCCUGGGAGAAUCCAGCCAGUGCCAUUUAAUCAGGCUGUCCAGGGCCUGGCCUGGAACUGGGCUUGUAAACAAGGGACUUUGUUUUGGAUUAUGGUUUUGAGCAUCAUAACUGAGAGGAAAUGUGGAAAUGGAAGCAGUCCUGAUAAUUAAAUGACAGGAGAUUUAAGAGAUUAGGAUUACAUAAUAUAGCAGCAUAGUUAAAGACAGCUAAGAAGACAGCUCUUGAUAAGGAAUAAUGAAAAUGAAGCCACACCCCAAAGGAAGCCCUUCAGCCAAUAAAAUAAAGCUGCCCCCAUUGUAAUGCCUUUAUGAAAAAGUACAGUGAGAACAAGAGCAGAGCUGCUCUGUGCUGGAUCAGGCCAAAGGAGACCCAUCUGGGCCAGCAUCCUGCUGUGGUCAAUCAGGCAGCUUAGAAGCAGGAUUCCACCCGAUGGUGGUUUCCAGCAGGCAGUGGGCAGAGAAUAGAAUUGGGGGCUCACGUUGAGCUCCCUGCUGUACUUUGUAGGCACAUCCUGCAACAAGAAGGAACACAAGCUUUUGCCAAAAAAGUGCAAGUGGACAGUAAGAUGCUUAAAAAAUAAUAAUUAAGGAGCACAUUGCUAAAAGCAUUAAGACCAACAACAAGUUGGUCCUUUAAAGAUGUUAGUAGCAGGAUACUGUUGGGGCGGCAGUUGGACCCUUAGAUUAGGAUGGUUGGUAUUAAAUUUCUAUACCACCUUUCAUCUGAAGAUCACAGGGCACCGUGCAAUAUAAUAACGGAAAAAUAGCAUCAUAAUAACCAAGAAAAACAAUACCCCACCAUAGUUUAAAAGGCCAUAGAUUGUAGUAUAAUUAUUAAAGUUGAAUGACAAGCAAGUCAGAGGAGGAUAAGGAGAUUGUGGAGAAUCUGAACGAAUCUCUUGUGCCUGUCUUCACAGCAGAAGAAACGGCAGAUCCCAGUGCCAGAACUCACUUCCACAGGAAGGGAGUCUGAGAAACUGUUAGUGGGUAACCAUUUCAGGAGGAUUUUGUGAGGGGGCACCCCACGGGACCACACCUGCACAAGGUCCUGCAAGAUAAAUGCCCUGUCUUCCUCUGAGAGCACCUUUGGAGGAAGGGUCCCUCAUCCGACAGUCAUCCAGAGUGGGGGCUUGUUGGAACAGAGGACCACCCUAGAAUGCACUGCUCCUGGACGUCCCAAAUUGGCUUUUUUUAAAAGGACCAUGUCGGUUGAGGCCAGUGAAAGCUGUUUCCAGUCAGAGUGGACAGCUGAGGCCCUUCUAGACACAAGGAGGUGGAAUUCUGAGCAAAGUGCAGGCUCCUUCCCCACUGUUGUACAUGUGGGGUCAGAGACUUCUUAGGGAUGAGUUCAUUUUGUCUCCCCCUCUCUCUCUAGGUCAACAGCGUUUGCUUAGAGGAAGUGACACAUGAAGAAGCAGUGACUGCCUUAAAAAACACCUCCGACUUUGUUUACCUGAAAGUGGCAAAACCCACCAGCGUGUUCAUGAAUGACAGCUACGCCCCGCCAGACAUCACCAACGGUGAGUUGUUCUCUGGCAACCGGCGAUUACUGCACUUCGGCUCCUUCCUUUGACUGAGGCAUUCAUACCUUGUAUGGUGUGCUUGUAAAAGGAGAUUUUCAGAUUCUAUGCCUGCUGGUCCGUUUCCUUUUUUUUGGUUAUGUAAAAGAUGACGUAAGCAAUAAUUUUCAAGAAAUAGUAACUUAAUUAUUACAAAAUCUCAAGGUGGCCUGUAUAUGGGAAAAUGUGUUCAUCUCAUUAGUUUUUAAGAGAAAACAAGGCUUAAAUCUGUUGAAACAGUGGCUAUGACUAACUUAGGGCUAUUAUUUUCAAUGGGCCUACUCUGAGUAGGAAGGACUUAAUUGGAUACAACUCCCAAGUUCAUUGUAUCUGUGAGGAUAGAUAUGUUUUUCUUAGAACCAGGAUGGGGCCAGGAGGGCUGUAGCUUGCAUGCAGGAGAUCCCAGGCUCCACCCAGUGGCAGCAUCCCCUGCUGUCUCCUUGAAAUUAAGAUAGAUGCAUCUGUAGGUACACCCUGAGGCAUGCUAUAACUUAAAACUCAGCAGGCAUUUACAAGGAAGCUGUGGUCUAGCUGAUGGAAUGCUGGAUCCUGUGCACAACUUUAGCCCAUCUAAAUGGCCAUCCAAAGAAGCCAGCCCCCCAGCCAGCUGUUGGGGAGGUCAGUUUCCCUCUCUCUCCCCGUGAGUGCAGGAGGCAGCUUGGCCCAGACAUGAGGAAGCAGCUUGUGGGGGAGGGAGGCACUGGCAGAGUUGAAAGCAAAAGAUUUGGCUUCAGCACAAAUGGUUUGCACAGUUUUUUCUGAUGUCCCACAUAUGACACUUGCACAGAGUUCACCAUCUACAUUUCUCUCCUUCCCAGCUUAUUCUCAGCCUGCCGACAACCACAUCAGCCCAUCAACCUACUUGGGGCAGACCCUUCCGCCAGCGUCGCCAGGGAGGUACUCCCCUAUCCCCAAAGGGAUGCUCGGAGACGAUGAGAUCACCAGGUAGGGAGCUGCUGGGUCCCUUGCAGAAUGUCCCACAAGGCUCCUGCACCUCUUCUGGAUCCACACGUCCUGCCGCAGUGGGGACAUUGGUUUCCAGGCAGGAGUUGAUCAUGGCGAGGGUUUGCCAAACAUGCCUUCCUCUUAGCACGUAUCUCCCUUUCAUCCUGAGUUUGUGCUUCUUCAAAGUCCAUGACGCCUUUAUGACACCUUUGGUAAAGGCUGUUCUCCAGUUGGAGCACUCGCAGGCCAGUGAUUCCCAGUUGUCAGUGUUUAUACUUUUUUUUUAGAUUUGCCUUGAGAGAGUCUUUAAACAUCUUUUGUUGUCCACUGGUGUUUCAUUUUCCAUUCUUAAGUGGGGAAUAGAGUAGUUGCUUUGGAAGAUGAUAAUCAGGCAUCCGAACAACAUGCCCAGUUGUUCUGUCCCACAGAGCCAUAGGUGGGCUCACAGGGAUCCAGAAACUCAGAUUCCCAAAGAAGGCUUCCCACGCUACCAGGUUGAUUGGUGGUUUAUUACAGAUCAGGGCCUUCUUGGGAGUGGCGCCCGCCCUGUGGAACACCCUCCCACCAGAUGUCAAAGGAAAAAACAACUACCAGACUUUUAGGAGACAUCUGAAGGCAGCCCUGUUUAGGGAAGCUUUUAAUAUCUGAAGGACUAUUGUAUUUUAAUAUUUUAUUGGAAGCUGCCCAGAGUGGCUGGGAAAACCCAGCCAGAUGGGUGGGGUAUAAAUUAUUAUUAUUAUUAUUAUUAUUAGGAAAAAACAAAAUCACCACGAAAGGUCUGAAGGCUCCCUCCUUGCCCCUGUUUCCAGCACUCUGUGGGGCAGACUCCCCAGCAAGAAGAUGGCUUGUCUGCCCCCAGGCACUGGAGCAAAUGUACUUGAUACAGUAGAGCAGCCCACAGGUGGCCAUGAUCUCCACCACAGCCCAGGUUCCCCACAGCUGGUUGAUAUUGCUCUAAUUAGGCCUGGAGCCUAGUAUCCCAUUCCCAUGGAUGACGACAACUCCCUUUCUUGAGCUGGUCACCAUUGAGACACCAUUGAUCGAAUCUUUUGAGGAGUUGAAGAUGGUGUUUAUAAGUGGUCCAUGUUUCACAAGCAUGUAGUAAAGUUGGUAGUAGAAAAGCUUUUAAACGAGCAUUUAGGUUUCCCUGCAAAUGUCCUGGUCCUCAAACACUCUGUGCUUCAAUUGGGAGAAAGCUGCACUAGCAGAGCUCAGGUGAUGCUGGAUUUCGGCAUCAAUGUGUGGAAAUAUAACUGCCCAGGCAGGAGAAGAAACGUUACACCAUUAAGUUGGAUUUGUGGCACUGUGGAAGGGUUGUUUUGUGCUUGUUGGUGUUUCACUUUGGUUUUUGGGAUAUUGAGUGGUAGGCCACCCUAAAUGUAUUCACAGAAGCUUACAGGAAACUUGGCUUAUCGCUCAGUAUACCUAAAACCAAAGUGCGCGCACACUAUGUUGUCAUCAGCAUAUUGAAGCUCUAUGGUGGAAGUUGUGGGACCCCUAUGUUGGCUAUUUGCAGUUUAGUAGCUUCAGAGAGCUUGCUGGGGAGACCAUGCAUUAAAAAGGGACUCAAAAAGUACUUAAACAAGGUUUUAAUAACAAAAACUCCUUUUACACUAAAGAUAACAGCAAACAUGACCCAACCACCAACCCAUUCCCCAGGGUAAUGGGAGAGCUAGGUGCUGCUCCUUAUAUACUAGACCCAAUUGCUGACACAGAUUAAUUAACACAACUCAGCAGCACCUGCUAUGUUUCACAGCUGUAAGACUGGGUCACGUUAUUUGCCCUGGCCCGUAAAGACAUACACAACUUGUGAAGCAAUAAUGGACCUUCACAGUUUAAAGUGACCAUUCAACACCCUCCUCUUUGCUUACAAGGCUUCACCAGGCAGAACCGCUCAGGGACCUGGUCCACCUGGUGGAGGCGGAUCGGCUUCAGACAGAGGAGUGGGCAAGACACAGGCAGGUGGAAGAAGGAAGGGUAACCGUAUUCCUCAUAGGCCCUGUCUGGCCAAGACAGCCUUGGCUUCUGACUCUGACCAGCCUCGCAGUUUCAUGACUGGCAGUUUCUUUAUUCUUUUCUUUAUUAUGCUUUUAUAUAUGUUGGAAGGCACCCAGAGGGGCUGAGGCAACCCAGUCUGAUGGACGGGGUACAAAUAAAACAACAAUUAUUACUACUAUUAUUAUUACCAUUGUUGUUGUUGUUAACUGACUGAAAUCUAAAAAGGUGUUUUUGAGUUCUAGCCCUAAUAUUGGCAGGCUAAUGGCGGGAAUUCUCUCCAUCUUUCAGGGAGCCACGGAAGCUGGUGCUCCAUCGAGGAUCCACAGGGCUUGGCUUCAACAUAGUGGGAGGAGAAGACGGCGAAGGCAUCUUUGUCUCCUUCAUCCUUGCAGGGGGGCCUGCAGAUCUAAGUGGCGAGCUCAGGAAAGGAGACCGUAUAAUUUCAGUAAGAUGACUGAAAGGGGAAGAGCAGGACUCUCCCUUUUUCUGACUCUGCUUGUUUUUUUGACCCUUGAGGAAGGUGGGCAGCAUGUAGCUAGCCCAUGUGGGGCACUGAGUGUGGGGCAGUGUGCUUCUUGGAACCACCAGGGGGACAGUUCUGGGUCUCACCAGCAUCUCAGUCCACAGGUUGUCCCUUGGAAGGUCUUGCUUUAUUUAUUCAUUGCAUUGUAUCCAGUCAUUGCUCCAAGGAGCUCAAGGUGGCCUACAUGGUUCUCCCCCUCCUCAUUUAUUCCCCACAACAACCCUGUGAGGUAGGUUAGCCUGAGAGGCAGUGAUGGGCCAAAGGUCACCCAACGAGCUUCAUGGCCCGGUGGGGAUUUGAGCCUGGUCUCCCAAGUCCUAGAAUCCAGCGCUCUACAAUCUACACCACACUGCCUUUUUAUUACUUAUGUAUUUAUCUGUGAUAUUUAUAAACCAUCCACCAACCAAGUUCUCUGUGCAGUUUACAUAAUUUUGAGGGUCUAGGAUAGGUCAGCAGAAGGUGCCGGAGUCUGCAGCCUCCUGCCCCUGCUCAAAGAUCCCAGCCUACACAUUCUGCGCAAUGUCCCUCCUUGCUUUCCUAAAUAUUCUGUGUUUCAUUUGUUUUGCAGGUAAAUGGUGUAGACCUCAAAGCUGCAACUCACGAAGAAGCAGCUGCUGCCUUGAAAAAUGCCGGCCAAGCUGUCACCAUAGUGGCUCAAUACCGUCCAGAAGGCAAGUGAAUUACUGAGUUAAUCCACCUGUCCUGCAGGGGGAAGCUGCGUUGAUUAAGGCGUGGGGGGAGGGGAAGGGGGUUAGGGUACUGGCAACAGCAGGCAGAAAGAACAUCUCUGAACGUGAGCAGAAUGUGCCCACAUGAAGCCCCGAGUUGGUUGGUUUCCCACCAUGGGUUAGUGUUUCAGAGAAGGACACUGCAACCCCCUCCCCACACGUGCUGGAACAAUGCCAGUUGCUCAGGGCAGGUGAGGUCGACAUUGGAAGUGGCCAAGGGAUGUGUCCUGCUCCUGGAAUCUGCAGCGGAAUCCUGUUCCUGUGCCAAGGACUAACCUAAAGGGCUUCGCCAGCCUGACUUCCCCCCUGCAACUGUUGGCUACUCAUGUAUACUCCUCCUCAUGUAUACUCCCUUUCUUCCAUUUCUCAUACAUGCCCUUUUUAACUCACAGCUCAUCCAUAAGCUCCUUAUGCAGCCACACGGGUUUCCUUCGAUGCCUCCCACUUUUCUUUCUUGUUGGUAUUGUCUGCAUUUGGGCCUUCAAUAGUUCUCCUUUUAGAAACUCCCAUCCUUCUUGGACUCCCUUCUCUCUGAGUAUUUCUGACCCUGGGAUCUCACCCAGUAGCUCCUUCAGCUUUUUGAAAUUGGCCUUCUUAAAGUCCAGAGUGUGUGUCUGACUACAGUACACUCAGUUUUCCCUUACCUCUGUAUCCUGAAACCCAGGAGAACAUGAUCACUUUCUCCCAAGUUUCCAAGUACUUCCACUUUGUUGAUCAGUUCCUCCCUAUUGGUGAGGACCGAGAUAGAUAAUCUGCUUGUUGCUUCUUCCACCUUCUGGGAAAUAAAAUUGUCAGUGAGGCAACAGAGGAAUUUGUCAUUCUUGGCAGAGUCGUGAGUCCCAACAGUUAUUGGGGAAGUUGAAGUCCCCCAUGAUUACCAAACAUUCAAAAAUAGAAGAUAUACUAAUCUGCUCUAAUAAGGCCCCAUCCAAGUCUUCAGUCUGGCUUGGCGGUCUGUAGCAGACACCGACAGUGAGGUCACUGUUUCUUACAGUUUUUACCCAUAUACUCUCAAUCUGCUUUUCAUGCUCCAGGUCAUGGAUUUCUUCAAAUGUACGCAUCCUUUAUAUAUAAUGCUGCUACUCCUCCCUUCCUGUUCGGUCUUCCUUUUGAACAGGUUAUACCCCUCAAUUCCUACAUUCUAGUCAUGAGUCUCAUCCCACCAGGUUUCAGUAAUGCCUACCAGACCAUAUUUGCCAUCCUGUACUAAAAGCUCCCAUUCAUCUUGCUUGUUUCCCAUAUUCUGUGCAUUUGUGUAGAGACAACUGAAACCAUGAGACAUUCCCUGCAGCUAUUUCCUUCCCGCCCUUUAGCAGGUUUUUAGAGCACCACUUCAGUCUCCUGUGCAUCAAUGAAGCUCUUAUCCCCAGUGUCAGGUGUCCUUUUGACAUUUGUCUUGUGUUUUGUCCCUCCCCCUCAAGAUCUGGUUUAAAGACAAACAUAGCACAGGUGUUGCAGGUCACUGCAGCAGCCCCCUCACCCUCCAUGUCUCUUGGUCCUAUCCACACCGAGAGACAGCGCUCUGGGCCUCCCCCUUGAACUCUCCCAUUAAACACCCUUGCAAAUGUCCCUGUUGGCAAGCUCCCAGCAUCUGCACUGAGUUAAGGUUGACUGCUGCUGGCUGCUAGCUGCUCCCUCAGGCUGGCUUCCUCUCAGCUGUCACUCCUCCCCAUCUGAUCUUGUGCUCCAGCAGAGCAAGCAGCCACACCCUCAGGCUCCCAAAGACACAGGCUUCACUCUCUUCAGGCUCCUCCAGCAAUCCUUCCCCCUGUUUGCAAGGCCAGUUUGCAGGCUCUGGUCACGAGCUCCCAGAAUCUGCACUGAGCUACGUUUGAAGAGGGACAGAAACACCUUUGCUCCCAACAUCUUCUCUUCCAGAGGCAGAGAGUUGACUGUUCAAAACAAGUAAAGAUUGGACAAUAUUCCAAGAAUAUCUCAAAAAGUACUUUGAUAAUGCAAAUCUCCUGACAGAUUUAGAUUGAAUCUUGAAUUACAAGGAAACCAUAAAAGUAAAAAUUACUCUUGAUAAGUAACGGAAAAAAUAAGAAAGUUCAUAUAGAUAAAUAAGGUGUAAAAGGUACAAUGCGGUGAAUCGGAAGUUAAAGUACAGUGGUACCUUGGGUUACAGAUGCUUCGGGUUACAGACUCCACUAACCCAGAAAUAGUACCUCUGGUUAAGAAUUUUGCUUCAGGAUGAGAACAGAAAUUGGGCAGCGCCUCUCUUCUAUUAGAUUCACUGCUCUCCUCCCCGCCUUGGGGAAUGCUUUCUCCCUCUGAGAAACUGGAAACUUGUAACUCUUCCCUGACAUAUACCCUGCCUUUUUCCCUGACGGGCUCAAGGUAGCUUACAGAUAAGAUAGGAACGGCUAAAAACACACAGAGAGAAUGAAGCUAUCAUUGGAAAACAAACAUAGAAUUAAAACUAUAUAUUGAUACAAAUAUAAAAGGUCUAUUAAGAACAUACUGAUAAUUACAGUGAAAACAGCACAGCACCAGCUCUCCGAUCACAAUCGUCUACUCUGCUUAUCUGUGCCAGCUGGAGGUGGGAAGCUUUAGUUCCCAGGUAAAAUUCAACUUUCUGUGCACUAAGUUAAGUUACUUAUAGUGUUGCUUUCAAAUAGCACUUCAAGCAGGAGCCUGAGAAACAGGCUUGUGCCAUAGAAAGGAGGGUCUGAGCCAGCCAGGUUCCCACCACUUGCUGAUCUCCCUGCAGGAGGCUGCCAAGCCCCUGGCCCCUUGGUCUGGCUCUUCUGGGAGUCCAGCCACUGUCAGCAGAGCAGGUGGCGCUGCUGGCGAAGGAAGGAGCUGCUUGUCGCCGUGCGCCCAAGUUGGAUGUGUGCCAUUUCCAUAAUGGCCGUGGAGUGACGGGGCAGAAGCAGCAGGCAGGCGGCUGGGUGAGUUGGGCAUGGAAGCCCCUCCCGGCACCCGGGCUGCCUUUUUCCCAGGGGUGCUUUGUGUUUCUUCAUCCAAGCCUACGACCUUCACUGCUGAUUUUUCCUUCUGGCCGUUGUAUGAAAGAGACCACUGUGUUCUUUCAAGAGAUGUCCAGUUUCUCUUUGAUGGGAUCGUGAUCUGGACUCUGCAGCCAAUUGUGUGGGAGGGUGGGGGAGGAAGUCAGGGUUGCCAAGGCUGCCGUUGGCACAAGCCUCUCUGCACCUUCUGGAGCAGGUGAUGGUCCUGAUGGGCCCCCCUUCCCUUGCUCUGCAUGUGCUCCCAGCUUGGACUGGCUUUAAUCCGAGUCACGUGGGCAGCAGGCAGAGACGGCGGAGGUGUGGCUUCUGCCCAGGAGGACUGAGAAGCAGAGCUGCCGUGAGUUCUGCUGCUUCCUGGCUGCUUUAGUGAAAGGUGCUUGGCUUGCUUUGGCUGGACCCGUCAGCUGGAGAGAGGCAUGUGAGUAGAGAGCGCCAUGAGAUCAGACGAGCAAACGCAGCACUGCCAGGGUUAGCAGGGGCCCCUGGUCGGGGCUUUGUCUUGCUGGAGAAGGCAAUCCAGUUAGUGCAGAUUAGAGUGGGAGGAAGGAGGGAGAUGCAGCUGGAGUGUUUUCUUGCAGGUGGCAACCAAGUCGUUGCAAAAAAUCUCUGCCAAAAUUGCCCCUGCAAGGGCCCUUUGCCGGCUCCUUGCUCUGGCUGGCUGGCCAGGAAGUGUUCACAGAACCCCUGGUGCUAUGCUGUACAAAGGAUUCUCCUUGCUUAGAAGCAGCCGUGGUGCUUCUGGUGUUGUCUUGUUGCCACAGACAGUGGUCUGGUGGUUGGUAUCCAGAGAGGGGAAUUUUCUCCCCCAGACGUUUGCCAGGCAUGUUCCCUGCAGGCAUACCUGGGGGGUAGGGGUAGCUUGUUGAGCUGGUGGUCGGCAGAAGGUAAUUGGGAUCUGCCAGUAGAUCGGCAAGGAGGGUUUCUGACUCCCAGCUGGUUAACCAAUAGCAACAACAAACAGCUUUCUCAAGCUACGUUAGGCUACUGAAAUGAAUAAAGUCAACCCAGAACGGACUGUGGCGAUGAGCUCAGUUCAGUCCUAGGCUCAAAAUGCCCUUUUGUGCUCUAGUUGUCCUGCCUUGUGCAGACGGCUCUUCUGGCAAAGGGCAGAGUAGAUCCAGCAAGCCUGAAGUCUGCCCAUUCUGGGCAGUGCUGGGUCCUGUCUUGGAAUUCCAUAUUGUAAUUCUGCAUGGCUCUGGGGACUUGGGUGUGUGCUUAUUUUUAAUAUUUUGUUUUAUAUAUACUGUGGGUUUAAACCAUUUUGUUUUGAGCCACUUCAAUUGAAAUGUGGUGUGCACAUUUUCAGAGAGUUAAAAUUCUGGUUUUAUGCCAGGGAGAGAAAGAGUGCUGGAGAGACUUCACCGUUUGUCACAAAAUCUAGACUGUGGAAAACACAGCAGAACUUGAAGCCUUUGGAGGGAGCACACUUUGCAGCAGCAGCAGCUGUUGUUGUUGUCGGGUUCCAAGAUGCUGACUGGUUUUCAUUUCUGUUUGUCAGAAUACAGCCGUUUUGAAGCUAAAAUACACGACUUGCGAGAGCAGAUGAUGAGCAGCAGCAUCAGUUCGGGGUCAGGGUCCCUGCGGACAAGCCAGAAACGGUCUCUCUAUGUCAGGUAAGUUGCCUUCUGAGCCAGUUGGUGGGACUUGCCCCGGAGCUGCUCUUUGGUGACUGGGCUUGUUCCUCAGAGGAUGCGGAGACUGUGGCGGCUGCACAGGAUGCAGCUUUGCUGGGCGCUUUCUUUGUGGUUGGCUCAGUCACCUUGGAGCAAUCAAAUGGUCUUGGGAAAAUUGGCUUUCUUGCUUGAAUGCAAUUUUCAAGUUCAAGAAUAUCCCAGAGGAAGUUGCCAAGGUUUGCUGGCAUGCACCUAGGAGGGCAGCAGGUGUCUCCCAGAAUUCUGGUUCUGCAGGCAUGUGUUGCACUGUGACCUCCCCAAGGGGCAGAAUUGCUGACCAGGGUUGCACCUUUGCCUGUCACCCAGAAUGGCAAGUUGGCUUAUGGAGAGCUAGCAGUGGCCAAAGGGAUUCCAUGAUGGACGGAGGUGGAGGAGGGUGAGCUGACCGACUGGAGGGCUUGCUGGUUAGUUGCCUUGCAGCUUAGCGGUUCCCGGGCAGAGCGCUUGCUGAGGAAGGGCCACUGGCAGGCAGCCUCCAUUGCUGAAGUCGGGAGGCUUGUCAAAAGGGCAGCUGACUGCAAGAGGGUGAGGGGGGCAUUCUGCCUUUCUCUUGGGGAGAAGGAGAGGCGGUGGUUGGCGGCUGAUGUUGUUGAACAGUCAGAGCAGCUGCAGAUGCGGGAGGCCACCUGCCUGUCAGAAACUUCUGUAAGCUCAACUGCCCCAUUCUCUCAUUGCCUGGUACGUAAAGAGGGGACCACGGACCAAGACAAACCUCUCCAGGCGUCUUCCUGAUGAAGCGCAGCCCGGGACAUCCAUAACUUUUCAGUCCCGGUGUGCACCAGCGACGCAUAUCCGAAGAUAUGUGCACACUCAAUCAGCAGAGUAGAGCAGAAACGAUGUGGAGCUUAGGUGUGGCGUUCUAAGUAAUUUAUUAAGCAAUAUAUACAGAACAAAGCAAUCAUGGCGUCCUCACACAUCUUCUCCAAGAGAGCGAGAGAGAGAGAAAGUAAGUAAGUACAAAAGUACACUUUCCAAGCCUGGAAAAUAAACACAGACAUGUGAUGUAACAAUCACAUAUCCAGCAACGGGAGAAUGAAAAUGCUGACAUCCGGAACACCAGAGGAGCCUGCUGAAUCUGGCCCAUCUAGUCCAGCACCCUCUUCUCAGAGUGGCUGAACAGUUGCCUGGACUGCUGGCUCCUUUGUUUGGUCGGCUGGGUCUUGAGUGUCCUUCCCUCCAUGGGUGACGGGGUGAAAGUCUCCAGGCAAGGACAGGAGGCUCAAGUCAAAUCUUUGGGGACAGGCCUAUUUGUCCUGCUGGUGCUGGUAGGGUGCAAAUUAAACCCUGUGCUUCAUGUCCAUAAGACUGAGCUUCUGAUCAGCAAGAGGAGGACUACACCAUGUUAAUUCAUAAUGAUGCCUUGACAAAUUUCUCUGAAACUCCUUGGGCUUUUGAAUAAAUGGUUUCUUCUCUCUUGGGUUUUCCAUCUUUGCAGCUGUUAAUAGACUUAAAAGUAGCAAUGUCAAACCACAACAAGGUCUCAUGACUAAGGUGGAAUAGCCAGAUCUGUCUUUUGCAGCAAUAACAAAGGGUCCUGAGCAAAUGUAUCAUGGCAUAAGCUGCCACAGACUAGAGUUCUGUCUGGUCUAUGAGCACUGAUGCUGCAGUGAGUGUGUUGGUCUAGGAGGAGCCACGAGGCUUGUUAAACACUUGAGUGCAUUAGGAGGAGAAUUGUAAGUUAUUUCCUGGGCGACUCCUGGACCCCUUCCGACAGAGCAGAGAGAGAGCCAGGAGCACAAGGGGGCUCAGCGCUAGAGACCUUGUGCCUGGGGAGAGGGAGGUGCUUGCUCACACACAGCCGGCAUCAAGGCGGAGCUGCUGGAGGAGAAGGACUGGGCUCCUCUUCUGCCACCGCCCAGUUUGACUGCAAGGCAGUUCCAAGGGAGACAAGUGAUGACAGCUUGCCAGUGGGGACCAUCGGCUGUGGGGAGGACUGCAGGGCCUGCUCCCUUCCAGGGCCUUUUCCAACUGGCCCAGGGGGCGUGGCCCAGGCCCUUAUUUGGAACAAACUUUUGGGGAAGUGUGGGAAGUGUUCUGCCAUUGCUUCCCUGUUCCAAGUGGUUAAUGUGUUCUAAAAUGUCCUCAAGCAGUCGGUGGCAAUUUAAUUUCCCCCCCCUUUUUUCCUUUGUUGGGGGGUGGGUGGGUGGGAUGGAUAUUUGGUUGGGGAUUAAUUUUAGUAUAAUUGUUCUGUUUUUGUUUUUUGUUGUUUUAUUGGUUCUGUAUAGUUUGUGUUUUGUUUUUAAGGGGCGGGAUCAGGGCUGCCUGGGAGUGGGGCCCCAGCCAAUACGAUGGCUGGGACAAGUUCCACGGGGGGCGGGGGGGGGGAGAAGCACUGGGACAUCCGAUCUCAGUGAUCAUGGGCAGGAGGCAGAGUUACGCUAAGACCAGACCAUGUCAUUACCGAGGAGGCAGGUUUAGUCGUUGUUUGAAGACUAUCCCUGCCUCCGGGUCUGGCCUUGACCGGAUGGAUACUGGAAUCAACAGGGGAAACCCACAUGACCUGAAGGUGUUGCUGUGUAAUGCCAGGUCAAUGAUGAAUAAAACCACUGCCAUCCACAACCUGAUUGUGGAUGGAGGAUUUGACCUGGCAUGUGUGACAGAGACCUGGUUGGAGGAAGCAGAUGGGCCUGUCCUUGCCGCUGCUUGCCCACCAGGUUUCAGGAGGGGGUUGCAGUGAUUUUUAGGAAGUCAUUAACUUGCACCAGGCGUCCUGUUGGGAAGACCCAGUUUUCUGAGUGCAUGUUCUGGAAGUUGGGCAAUAGGGGCAGUACAGGAUUCCUUUUGGUGUACCGACCUCCCCGCUGCACCAACGAUUCCCUGUCCGAGCUGCUUCAGGUCGUGGCGGAUGUCCUCCUGGAGACACCUAGCUUGGUUGUCCUAGGGGAUUUUAAUAUCCAUGCCGACACGACCUUACAAGGGGCCGCUCGGGACUUCGUGGAAAGCAUGGCCUCCAUGGGGCUGUCCCUGAAUAAGUUUGGCCCAACUCAUAGCCACGGGCAUGCCUUAGACCUGGUGUUCACCUCUAUGGAUGUUGGUGAUCUGACACUAAGUAAAAGUGAAACCAAAGAAGUGCCAUGGUCAGAUCACUUCCUGGUGCAACUGGACUUCUCCGCGACCCUUCCCCUCUGCAGGGAGGUGGGACCAAUUCGGAUGGUCCGCCCCCGCCACUUAAUGGAUCCAAACGGUUUCCAGAGAGUGGUAGGGGAUGUUUUAUCCCAUGUUGAUGGCCUUUCAGCCGAUUCCCUGGUGGCCUGCUGGAAUGCGGAGUUAACCAGGGCUAUCGACUGGCUCCGAAGCGCCCUCUCCGAUUGCAUGGAGCACGGACAGCCCCGUGGUUUUCUUCGGAGCUGAGGGCGAUGAAACAAUCGCUGAGACGGCUGGAGCGUCGGUGGCAGAAAACUCAUUCUGAAUCUGACUGGACGCAGGUUAGAGCUCAACGUCGAGCCUACCAAGUGGCGAUAGCGACGGCGAAGAAGACUUUCUUCACCGCCUCUAUUGCAUCUGCAGAAAAUAGUAGCAGGAGACUCUUUCAGGUGGUUCGCAAUUUAACGGAACCACCUUUACCACCGGGGCCUUGUAAAGACCCCAAGAUCUCCUGCAACGAUUUUGCAAAGUUUUUUGCAGAUAAAAUCACUCAUAUUCGGAAGGAGCUAGACACCACCGUGGGAGCAGGGCUGGGGCGGGAGAGUGCUAGAACCCUGUCUGGUCAAGUUGCAUGAAAUCAAUUUCAAUCCGUUACCCCUGAGGAUGUGGACAGGCUGCUUGGACGCGUGAAACCAACCACCUGUCUCCUUGAUCCUUGCCCAUCCUGGCUAAUAAAAGCUAGCCGGGAAGGGCUGGGCGAUGGGCUCUGCAGGGUGGUGAAUGCUUCCCUCUGUGAGGGAACAUUCCCAGAUCCGCUGAAAGAGGCGGUCAUUAAACCGCUUCUUAAAAAAACAUCUUUAGACCCGGCCAGUAUGGCCAACUAUCGCCCAGUCUCAAAUCUUCCAUUCUUGGGCAAGGUGAUUGAGCGCGUGGUUGCUGAACAACUCCAGGCACGCCUGGAGGAUGCGGACCAUUUGGAUCCCUUCCAAUCGGGAUUCAGGCCUCACCAUGGGACUGAAACUGCCUUGGUCGCGCUGGUUGAUGAUCUCCGGUGAGCUAGGGACAAAGGUGAGAGUUGUUUCCUAGUUCUGCUGGAUCUCUCAGCGGCCUUUGAUACAAUUGACCAUAACAUCCUUCUGGACCGUCUAGAGGGGCUGGGAGCCGGGGGCACUGUUAUACAGUGGUCUCGCUCCUUCCUCCUGGGCCGUGUUCAGAAAGUGGGGGGGGGGAUGAGUGUUCAGACCCCUGGGCCCUCACUUGUGGGGUGCCUCAGGGUUCCGUCCUCUCCCCCAUGGUUUUUAACAUCUAUAUGAAGCCGCUGGGAGAGAUCAUCAGGGGGUUUGGGCUGGGUGUCCAUCAAUAUGCAGAUGAUACCCAGCUCUACCUCUCUUUCAAAUCAGAACCAGUGAAGGCGGUGAAGGUCCUGUGUGAGUGCCUGGAGGCAGUUGGAGGAUGGAUGGCGGCUAAUGGAUUGAAGUUGAAUCCUGACAAGACAGAAGUACUGUUUUUGGGGGACAGGGGGCGGGCUGGUGUGGAGGAUUCCCUGGUCCUGAAUGGGGUAACUGUGCCCCUGAAGGACCAGGUGCGCAGCCUGGGAGUCAUUUUAGACUCACUGCUGUCCAUGGAGGCGCAGGUCAAUUCUGUAUCCAGGGCAGCUGUCUACCAAAUCCACAUGGUACGCAGGCUGAGACCCUACCUGCCCGCGGACUGUCUCGCCAGAGUGGUGCAUGCUCUAGUUAUCGCCCGCUUGGACUACUGCAAUGCGCUCUACGUGGGGCUACCUUUGAAGGUGACCCGGAAACUAAAACUAAUCCAGAACGCGGCAGCCAGACUGGUGACUGGGAGCGGCCGCCGAGACCAUAUAACGCCGGUCUUGAAAGACCUACAUUGGCUCCCAGUAUGUUUCCGAGCACAAUUCAAAGUGCUGGUGAUGACCUUUAAAGCCCUAAACGGCCUCAGCCCAGUAUACUGGAAGGAGCAUCUCCACCCCCAUCGUUCUGCCCGGACGCUGAGGUCCAGCGUCGAGGACCUUCUGGUGGUUCCCUCAUUGCGAGAAGCAAGGUUACAGGGAACCAGGCAGAGGGCCUUCUCGGUCGUGGCGCCCACCCUGUGGAACGCCCUCCCAUCAGAUGUCAAAGCGAUAAACAACUACCUGACAUUCAGAAGACAUCUUAAGGCAGCCCUGUUCAGGGAAGUUUUUAAUAUGUGAUAUUUUAGUGUUUUUUGGUUUCUGUGGAAGCCGCCCAGAGUGGCUGGGGAGGCCCGGCCAGAUGGGCGGGGUACAAAUAAUAAAUUAUUAUUAUUAUAUUAUAUUAUUAUUUGUUUCCUUACUCAUCAAAUGCGCUCCCCUUGUGCCUCCAGAGCCCUCUUUGACUACGACAAGACAAAAGACAGUGGCCUCCCAAGCCAGGGACUGAAUUUCCGAUUUGGCGACAUCCUCCAUGUCAUCAACGCAUCUGAUGAUGAGUGGUGGCAGGCACGGCCGGUGAUGCCAGAUGGCGAGAGGGACGAGGUUGGCGUCAUCCCCAGCAAGCGCAGGUAGCUCUCUCUUUCCUGCUGGGGUUUUCCUCUCUUCCUGGGCCACGACCUUCAACAAGAGGGAGUGUUGAGAAGACCACCUGUGCCCCAAGACCCUCCCCCUUCCUGCCCACAGUCUCACAGAGCCUUGCUAGAUGUCGAAGGCAGUAUCUGGCAGUAUUUUUUGUACCCCCAUGAAUCAGAAGGAAGGGGUUGUGGUCAGCAGGCUUUUUGAGACACGGCAACUUCUCUGUUGUGAAUCUUGGAAGACAGCACACCUCCCUGGGCAACCUGUUGCCUUUGCCCCCCCAGUAAGGAGUCCUGUGUCACCACCACACUCCUCUUCCUCCUCUGGGGAGUAGCAGGAAUUGUUCUUCACUGCAACUCCCAUAGCUACCUUGUCAGGCCCCUAUAAUCAAAUAGUUCUACCUACAGUUGACAAAUAUGACAUAAGAUGUCAAGAAACCAUUUCCUGUGAUUCUGGCCUUGAAGACUCUUAAUUUCUGUCCUAUGCAUCCAAACCAAAUUCCCUAUUGCAGACAUGUUUAAGUGUUUUAAAAUGCUUCCCAGGUGUAGCACAGAGGUGCGCCCCCUCCCAGUUCCACAUUGUGGCGGCUGCAUAAUUCGGCAGUUGGGCUUGUGCCCCUGAUAUCUUGCAGUGUUCCUGCCAGCAAGAGGGCAUGUUUGGUUUGCUCCAGGGACCUCCAUGGCAACUCACAUGGGGCUCCAGCAGCCAAAAUACUCAGUCUAGGUUAGCAUGCUAGGUUAUCUAACUCUAGGUUAGGUAAGACCCAAGUGGGUCUUAGCCUUUAACAUGCAGGUUUAAAACAAAACAAACCAGCAUUUUCCUCCCCUCUCACUGUCCUGAGCAAAGCCUCUCCUCUAAAGCUGCAGUGUGCGCUGGGAAGAAACCUCCACUGCCCCCUGGCAGGAAGAGCAGAGGUCACCAGGAGCACCGCUGCUUGGUUGGAACUGGCCGUGUUCCUUGACUCCAGCAGCCAGCCUAUAUUGGUCUGGUGUCUGAGGCUGCCACUCUUGGCACUUGCCACCAAGGCCUUCCCAUCCCUGAUGAGACUUGGAGAAGACAACAAAGGUUGCAGGAAUGAUUCCCUGCUGCUGCAGCCACCUUUUGCAAGAGGGCUAGGGCUCUCCCCCCAACAGGUGGCUUGACCCCUCCAGCAGCCAUUCAGUUCUGCUACCCAAAGAAGGCAAUCGACUCUAGGCCCCUUUACCCUGACACUCGGGCUAAAGCUGGCCAAUGCCUCCCGCGGCCUCCCUCCAAGGCCCAUGUGUUUUCCAGAUUGCCCCCACACCAGCUUCUGCCAUGGGGUGCAGCGGGAUUUAGCACAGAGCGCAGGUGCUGCAGAUGCACUAAUCUUUUUGUGCUUUUCUGGCAGGGUUGAGAAGAAGGAACGAGCUCGUUUAAAGACAGUGAAAUUCAACUCUAAAGCAAGAGGUGACAAAGGGGUGAGUUUGGACUCUUUACGCUGUUGCUACUGUAAACUCUGUCAUAAUGAAAGCCUUGCAUGCUCACUUCCCCUACAGGCUGGUGGGGUGACUGGCCAGGAAAGCGAUUCAGCGCCCUGUGAGUCUGGCAUCUCCUAGGUGGAGACAGGACUAGAGAAAUCCAGGGUAGAGCAGGAGAGCCCUCUCGGUGGCUGGCAGUGGGGACAAAGGAACCACUAGGACCUGCUUCUGAAGGCGGGGGUGUUGCCUUUGGCCCCCGCUUGCAGGCCUCCUGUCAGGGUACAGGACUGGCUACUGGGGAACAAGAGAAUAAGGGGCUUGGUCAGGAUUCCUGGUCUGUUCCUCUCUGGAAAAUCCUCCGUUAAAAACAGCUUUAGAAUCAGGAGAUUCUGGUCACCCAGGGGCCACCCAAGACAACUCAAGUCAAAAGACUUUUGGAGUGAAAGCGCAUGAGAUGGAUGGAUGGAUAGAUGGUCCAUGGAAUGUUGUGCACUUGGCUGUUUUGUUUACUUUGUGGGACCACCUGGCGUCUGUCCCUUGAAGGGGCAUCAUGAGGAAAGGCUGUGGCUUCCUGGCUCCUUCCUUGACGCCCCUGGGUGCCCAGAGACAGCCUUGAAGGUACGUAACCACAUGCUUGUGGGCAGCUGGGAGGCAGCAGGGAAGGGGAGAGCAGAGUCAGGAGAGGGUGGAGCAGGCCAGCUGACCAGAGAGGAAGAGCAGCUGAGGGGAGGAGACUCGGUGGACCAUCAGCCAUGUUUCUCUUUUCACAAAGCUGUGUGAAAUACCAAAAUCUUAAGGGUAGAACAGAUUGUUACAGUAGACUCCAAAUUAACACACCAGCAACAUUAUUUUAAAAAAAUAUUUCCGUGACUUGUUCUAACAGACAUCUGUUACAGACGCCCCCAUGAAAUGUAUGCACUGAACACUUUGUGUGAAAAGGAACUGUUGGGAAUGCACUGGGAUGGGUUUAAGCAGACUGGUGCUGGAACGGGGCUGGUCCCAGGCUGGGCUGUGUGUGCGGGAGGGCAGGGAAGCUGCAGGAUGUGGGGCUGGAGCCGAGGGGUCUCCCUGGUCUCCUUUCCAGAGCCACAUUUCAGCCCUUGUGCCUGGGGAAGCCUCAGGCCCUGGACGGGGCGGGGGGGGGUGUCCUAACCCUAUGGCAAGAAAGAGCAGAACACAUUUAGUCACCUGGUGCAGCCAAAUACCGCUUUGUGCAAAUGGGCCUUUGGGGCAGCUCACAGAGUUUGGGUGUUGCAUUUGUUUCCGUGCAGCCUGCACACACAGCCCGGGUCCCGUGCCGUUUUGAAAACUGGUUGUGUUGGAGUCACAGCCUUGUAUGUUGACUGUUGCCAAGUUUGCACACGGCUCCCAUGUCCUAACACUGCACCAGACCCAUGCAUGACCCCUGAGUGGAAACCAAACUACGCUUGCCAUUGAGAGAGAACUGCCCGUCUUGUCUGUCUUCCCUCCUCUUAACAUGGCCCUCUCGAGAGGGCGGCCUUCCUCUUGUCCUGCCAGUUCUCUUUCUCUUUCUCUGUCUCUCUCCUCCCCUUUCCUCCUCUUUGUUGGUACCUUCCUGGGAACUCUGUGCAUGCUUGCUGUUGGCAGGGGCUACUUUGCCUCGGGAAUGUGGCAGCCUGGUCUUAAUUCUAGCACCUAACAUGGCAAAGCAGAAGGAGGCAAAAUUGAUGGUGUUGAAAACUGAAGCUGCUGUGCUUGUUCCCUCCUCCAUCUCUUCUUCUUUCAAACAGUCCUGCCAAGGACCACCCUUUUAUGCCAGGCAUCAGCCACUGACCUGCUUGUCCUUUUGCCUGGGCAAAAUCAGCUUAUGCCGCGUUGAGCACCCGGCGUAAGAGGAGAAUGUCGAGCGGCCGCUACCCUGUGGGGUUUUUUUCUGCUUCCUUUUCUAACCCAUUUGUACUAAUGAUGCAAUUCUGCAAAGAGGCUGUGAGAGCUUAAUAAAGUUAAUACACUCUUAGUACUAAAAACAAGACUCUCCUGCCUGUAAGAGCCUUAAAAACACAUGGCUGAUAUUUUCUGCAAAUCAAAACAUAAUUACUUCUAACCAUGUUUUGUUUUUUUGCUAUUGGAGCCGACUUCUAACCACUCAGCAUGCAGCAGGUGGGGCUGUUGCUCUCCGGACUCCGCACAACAGGAAAUGGCUGUUGUCUGGGAGACAGGAGAGCCCCACUGUGUCCCUCUUGGCCAGAAGGAGCCUUGCAGCACCCUGAUCUCCCAGAGGUAGAGGCUUGGGCAGCUCCUACCAGGGAGGCGCAUUUGCGUGGGGAGCUGCGCCCUGGGCCUUCCAGUCCAAACGGUUUACAAACAGAGCAGGUUCAUGGUGUGCUCUGCUUGACUAAACUGAGCUCCUGCAGCAGUUUGCUGGCAUUGCAGAGGGUUGGACUAGAUGACCCUCGGGGUCCCUUCCAACUUGACAGUUCCAUGAUUCUCUAGGUGUUGGGGAGAGGGCUUGGCUCGCUUUGAGGCUGAGCAGCUUCUUCCCAAGGGGGGCUCCAGUGGAAGAACCCCGAGUUUCAGCUGUGGCUCUUCUGCCCUGCCCGUUCCUCCGCUGCCACCAGGGACACGCAGCAGGUGGCUGCAGCAGGAAGAGGAGAUCAGACGCGGCCCAGGCAGGUCCCACGGCAUUUGGGUCUGCUGGACUUCGGUGGCAGCUAAGAGACCAUGCUGGCUUGAGCUGCCAGCGGUUGGGAUCCAGAGGGCUGGGCUGCUUCUGACAUCCUCUUUGUGCUGUAGCCCCUGAGGGUCCCUGGUCCUUCUGGAUAUUCAUGCAUUGUGUGGGGUCAGGUGGCUGAGGGGGGGUCUCAAUGACCCCUUGUGCUUGUGGUGCUUGGAUUAUGAGCCACGUGGAUUUCCCUCUCCGGCUCUGAUAUCACGACUCAGGCUGCUUUGUGCCUCUGGCUGUGGCUUCAUCUGACCUUGAAAAUGCCCCGGAAACCUUCCUGAGAAGAUGGAGGUGGCUACAUUGGCUCCCUUUUAUUUGUCUCCGUUGCAUAGACUGCCUUUCAGCCAGAGUUUCAGAGAGUACAGGGAGAAGAGCACACCAGACGGCCUUAUGCCCAGUCAGACCAGUGGUCCACCCAGUUCAGUAUUGUCUGCACUGACUGACAGAGGAGCUCCAGGGUACUAGGCAGGGAUCCUUUUCCCGCCCUGCCUGGAAAUCCUGGGGGUAGCACCUGGGCCCUUCUGGACUCAGAGCAGAUGCUCUGCCGCGGAGCCCUCUGCAGAGGAGAGCCACCCCACAACUUGCUCUGAGAAAGUCUGUGUUGCAAGAGGUCCCUGCAGCUGCUUCCUGCUUCUUCCUAAGGAGCAGUUGAAGGGGGUCUGUUUCCCACUCCUGCCAGCAGCAUCCGGCGGCCUGCCUGGGCUGGUGCCUGGGCUAGUGUGGGGAGCCUGCAGAGACAGAGCCCCUCCCCGCAGCCAGCGCUUCCUCAGAAUGGAGCCGGCCGCUUGCUCCCCAGGCCCUUCUCCCUCCGUGCCCCAGCCCUGGCUCCAGCCACCCCCUGGGAGCUGCCCCCUCUCCUCCUAGGAAGGGCUGGGGAUCCAGCCAGCCUCACACUGCUGCAUGUUGUGGUCCUAGAAGUCGGCCUCCGCCAAGCUGCUGGACUGGGCCUCUGUGACACACUGGACAUUCGACCUCCUUUGUUUUGCCCCUCCUUCCUUCUCUUCUUCAGCAGUCAUUCAAUGACAAGCGUAAAAAGAACCUCUUUUCCCGAAAAUUUCCCUUCUACAAGAACAAGGACCAGAGUGAGCAAGAAACCAGUGAUGUGGACCGUAAGUAUGUGGGUGGGGGCAGGGCAAGCGCCAGCUGCGGAUGUGCCGGGGGGCCUGCCUUGCGUGCCAGACGUGGCCUUGCCUUGAAGGGGUCCCAAGAGCUGCCACAGGGGCAGAGAUGCCACCAUCCUCAGGGAGGGGCUGGCCCAGCUCUCCUUCCGCAGCUGAUUUGGGGGGGGGGCAGCGAGUUCUGUUGGCUGCAGCUAAAAGGCAGGCGGCCUCUGGCUUUCAGAGGUGGGUUUGAGGGACAGGAGGUGUAAGUGCUGCCCUUAAAUGGGUUUCUGGCUGAGCUUUGGGCACCCCCCUGGACCCCUGUGGACGCUCUUGGGACCACCUUGCCGUAGCCCCUCAUUGAUAUGCUACUGACGGUUAUUUUCUUUGUGAUUGUCUCUUUAUUGCUUGCCCUCUGGGAACUUCUCUGCAGGAGAUCCCUGAAGACAUGGGAUCAAAAGGCCUGAGUAAGUGACCCUCUUCCCAGAGUCCCCUGAGACCCUCCUCUCACAGCUCGUCCUCACCGAGACAGAAGGAAAGGCCUCCUCCUCCUCCAGGGGCCCAGGCUCACUCCUCCCGGGGUCUCUCUCUUUUUUUUUUUUUUGAAAAUAAUAUUUAUUACUUUUUCCAACAAUUUAAACACUACAAAGAAAGGGGAAAAAAAAGAACAAUACAAAACAAUACAAAAACACUACAUAACACAUUAAACUAACAAAACAGAACAAAACAAAAACAGUUUAAAACACAUCAAACAAUUUCAAUAUCUUAUCUUUCAUUCACUUAUUUCAAUGACCUCCUCACACCUCCCUUUUUGUUUUCCACUUCUGUUAAUUGUUUCAGCAAUUCCUUUCCAUCUUCCUCUUUUUUCUAUCCUUUAAUUAUCUUAACAGAUUCUAACCUUAUUUUCCCUUUAAUACUCUAUUAAUCUAUUUAUACUUAAUUCCUUAUAACAUUUCUACUAAAGCCAUAUAACUUCAUUCCAACAUUUUUCUAACAUUCAUUAAUUUUACAGUAUUUCUGUAGAUAGUCUUUAAACUUUUUCCAGUCUUCUUCCACCAACUCUUCUCCCUGGUCUCGGAUUCUGCCAGUCAUUUCCGCCAAUUCCAUAUAGUCCAUCAACUUCAUCUGCCAUUCUUCCCGGGUGGGUAAAUCUUGUGUCUUCCAAUACUUCGCAAUGAGCAUUCUUGCUGCUGUUGUUGCAUACAUAAAAAAAGUUCUAUCCUUCUUGACACCAAUUGGCCAACCAUGCCCAGGAGAAAGGCCUCUGGUUUCUUCAAAAAGGUAUAUUUAAAUACCUUUUUCAUUUCGUUAUAGAUCAUCUCCCAGAAUGUCUUAAUCUUUGGGCACGUCCACCAAAGGUGAAAGAAUGUACCUUCAGUCUCAUUACAUUUCCAACAUUUAUUGUCGGGCAAAUGAUAAAUUUUUGCAAGCUUGACUGGUGUCAUGUACCACCUAUAAAUCAUUUUCAUUAAAUUUUCUCUUAGGACAUUACAUGCCGUGAAUUUCAUACCUGUGGUCCAUAACUGUUCCCAGUCAGCCAUCAUUAUAUUAUGUCCAACAUCUUGUGCCCAUUUAAUCAUAGCUGAUUUCACCAUUUCAUCCUGAGUGUUCCAUUUCAACAGCAAGUUAUACAUUCUUGACAAAUUCUUAGUUUUUUGGAUCUAACAAUUCUGUUUCCAAUUUUGAUUUUUCCACCUGGAAACCAACUUUUUUGUCCAGAUUAUAUGCCUCCAUUAUUUGAUAAUAAUGGAGCCAAUCUCGCACUCUGUUUUUCAAUUUUUCAAAGCUCUGCAAUUUUAAUCUGUCUCCAUCUUGUUCCAGAAUUUCCCAAUAUUUCGGCCAUUUGGCCUCCAUAUUGAGUUUUUCUGUGCCUUCGCUUCCAUUGGCGACAACCAUCUUGGGGUUUUCUUUUCUAACAAAUCCUUAUAUCUUAUCCAGACAUUAAACAAUGCUUUUCUAACAAUAUGAUUUUUAAACGCUUUAUGUGCUUUUACCUUAUCGUACCACAGAUAUGCAUGCCAACCGAAUACAUUAUUGAAACCUAGAUCCAACACUUCGGUGCUUUCAAGAAGCAGCCAUUCUCUCAGCCAGCAAAAAGCAGCUGAUUCAUAAUAAAGUUUAAGGUCUGGCAGGGCAAAUCCACCUCUUUCUUUGGCAUCAGUUAGUAUCUUAAAUUUUAUUCGAGGCUUCUUGCCCUGCCAAACAAAUCUGGAAAUAUCUUUCUGCCACUUCUUGAAACAGUCCAUCUUAUCCAAAAUUUGCAGUGUUUGAAACAAAAACAACAUCCUUGGCAGCACAUUCAUUUUUAUCACAGCAAUUCGGCCUAACAAUGAUAACUUCAAAUUUGUCCAUAUUUCUAAAUCCUUUUUCACUUCAAUCCAACAUUUUUCAUAAUUCUCCUUAAAUAAAUUCACAUUUUUAGCAGUCAUGUUAACCCCUAAAUAUUUCACUUUCUUAACCAAUGUUAGUCCUGUCUCCUCCUGCAUUCCUCCCAGGGUCUCUUUCCUCCACACUUGUUUGCCAUCUCCUCCUCCAAGUCAUGCCACUUCCAUUUACUUUUUAGUUGGGAGGCUGGGAAACCUUUCGCUGUUUUGCAAGCACAAAAGUCAUUGAAUUGUAGAGUUGGAAGGGAAACCAAGGGUCAUCUAGUCCAACCCCCUGCAGUACAGGAAUCCCAACUAGACAUUUGGCCAUCCAACCUCUGCUUGGAAACCUCCAAGGAAGGAGAGCCCACCACCUUCCGAGGGAGUCUAUGCCUCUGUCAAACAGCUUGCUUGAUCUGCUUCCUCUUUCUGGCUAGAGUUUCUGGCCAUGUGCAGGUCUGCCGCAGAUCUCACCGGGGGUUCUCCUCCGUUCUCUAGGGUCCCCUGGUGUUGGCUCAGCAGAUACAAUGGCCAGGGGGACCCUUUCAACAAGUCUUUAUGAGGGACUUGAGCUUUUUGGUGGGGAUGUUUUAAAAGAGGCGCUUACUGAUCCUGAAGAAAACAUCAUCAUCAUCAUUAUUAUUUUACUAUUAUUUAAUAAAUUUGUAUGCUAUUCAUCCAAAGAUCACAUGGAAGUUCACAACAUAAAAAUGCAAAAUGAGAACACAAAAUACAUGAUCAAACAAAAAUAGACCAGUAACCCUCCUCCCACAAUUUAAAAGGCUAUAGAAUGUUAAUCAGCCAAACGCCUGAUUAUAGAGAAAUGUUUUCACAAGGUGCCUAAAUAUAUUAUUAUUAUUAUUAUUAUUAUUAUUAUUAUUAUUAUUAUUAUUCUGCCCUUUAUCAAAAGAUUCCAGGGUGAUGUACAACACCAAGAACACAUAAUAAAAAUCAUAAUGAUAAAAUAAGCAUAAUAACUUCCCCUCCUUUAACAGACCAUAAAGUGUUUAAUGGCCAGAGGCUUGGGUAAAAAGGAAUGUUUUGGCCUGGCGACUAAAGACAUGUAAUGAUGGUACCAGGCGAGCUUCUCUGGUGAGAGCGUUCCACAACCAGGGAGUCACCACAGAAAAGUCCUGUUCUCAGGCUGUCACCCCCAAACCUCUCAGGUAACGGGGACAUAGAGAAGGGCCUCAGAUGACCAGUGGGGAUCUGGGUCCGCUUGUAUGGGGAGAGGCGGUUCUUAAGGUGUUGAGGUCCUGAGCCCCAACUGAAGCUGACAGAAGGCACUCCGCCAGUGCAGUCAGGCCAGGAUAGGGGCAAUAUGCUCAGAUGGUCUUGCCCCCGAGAGCAGCUUGGCCACCCAAUUCUGGACCAGCUGAAGUUUCCGAACUGCCUUCAGAGGCAGCCCUAUUGAUAACGUGUUGCAGUAAUCCAGCCUAGCGGUUCCCAGAGCAUAGACAUAAAUCCAUAAACCUGUCAGGGUUCCUGUCAUGGGAUGAUGGGCGCUCUUUUCACAGAUACUUCUCCUCCCAAGGGCCAUGUUCCUCUUAUCUGCCCUUCAGACGGAGAAAGCCCUAGGGGGCAGGGGCAAUAUUUUUGCUCAGCUGCCAGAGCUGGAGGAGGCCCUGUUUCCAGGGUCUGCCAUGGGCUCGUCCUGGUGACAAGUUCAGCAGCAACAGCAACCUAGGGGCCAGUCUUAUGCCCCGGGGGCGGGGGGACUCCUGCAGUUCUCCAUGACCUGCAACAGCACAAGUCAUUAGGGUUUGGCUACAGGACGGGAACUGCUUCCGCCCCAUGUCCAAGUCUCCACUGAAGCAACAAAGAAUGCAGGAGACCAUUCUUCAUCUUCUCAGAGUUCAGGUUGUUGAGGCAGUGACACCCAAAGACUGUUUCUUGAGGACUGACUUUAUCUUUUUUAAUGGUACCCAAAUGCAACAAGUCUUAUACCUGAAAUUCCUCAAACAAUUCAUCCACCAUCAAAAAUUCAGGAUAGAGUCACUUUUCAUUGGCAGGGCGCUCUGCAGUCUGAAUUUUCAUGCCUCUGUAGACCUAGAAGAGGCUUACCUCCACAUACUAAAUCACCUUCAGCACAGAGAGGUCCCGAGGUUCCCCUACAGCCGAAACCACUUCCAGUUCUGACUGUUGCCAUUUGGCCUUGUCUCCACACAAGAGGGUUCCUGGUGGGUCCUUGUGCCUCCAGAGUAUCCUUAUCUAUCCUUCUUUGGAAUACCUCUUGGUGUGGCAGGAGUGCUCUGAAAGCUCAAAAAGAUGUUUGCAUGCUUGUAAUUGCUGGCAGCUCACAGCUUUCUAGCCCAUGAAGCAAAGAGUCACCUGUCUCCUGCCCAGUGACUUGGCAGUGACUUUGGCGGCCUUCCCUGGGGAUGCCUCCAAGAUGAAGAUUUGCUAGGCCAGGUCUUCUUCAAAUACGUUUAUAGUUCCUGACAAGUUAAAUGCUUGUGCCUUCGCCAAAGUUGCAUUCAGAGGACGAGGGCUUCAGCAGGUUCUUCCGCGCUACAGACUGCUGAACCCCUUUCUAACCCCUCUUGCCCCCUCCCAGCUCCUGCUGUGUGCCUUUGCCAGGUGAUCUGGUGCAUCGCUGCAGGUGGUGUGUGAGCAGUUUAGACCAGUGGUGGGGAGGCAGAGCAGCGCUUUCAGCCUCCCAGUGGCCUUUCUAGCCUGACCCACUGAGCUCCACCGGUUUUCUCCAUCUGGCCCUUGUGGUGGCAAGCCCUCUGGCCAUGACCCACGCUGCAGGUUUGGCAGAUCCCCAAGGAGGCAUCACUGGCCUGGAUGUGAACGGACGCUCCCUCUGUGCCCUGUGCUUCUCCCACUGCCUCUGAGCUCCAGGCGGAGUUGGGAAGUUGCAGAAACUCCUCUGGGGUUUGGGCCACCUUGUUCUGUGUCUGCAUCCAGACGUCCUCUUGCCUUUUGGUAGAGUGCACUCACCCCAGCCCCAGCCCUGUCACAUUCAUUGAAUGUGGAGAGAGAGCCUUCUUCCCCGCAGAGUGCAAGUCAUGGCUUUUCUUUGGGAAUUCUUUCUGGUCUGGUGCAGCUCCUCAUUCUCUCCUUCCUGUUCCCAUUUCAGAGCACGUGACGUCCAAUGCCAGCGACAGCGAAAGCAGCUACCGUGAGUGUCUUGGGGCCCUUCCCCACAUCUCCCUUUGGGGCUGGCUAGGAAGGCUUGCUUGGCUUUCCCUGUGUUUGCAGCUAGAAGCAUCUCUCAAGGCGCCCAUUCGGCAGCAGAGCGUACCUGAACUCUGCUGGGGGGGUCAAGCUUUGGCUCUUGCGAUGGGGCUCUUCCCCAGUCCAGCUUACCUGGGCAGGGCACCUGAGCAAUGGACCCCCUCCUUCCGUGGUGCCUCCGCUCUGCUGGAUAGGCCGGUUGCUGGGAGUGUGAGAGGGUCGGAUCAGCAGCUGAUCCUCACAGACCCCUCGCUUCUCAGGAAGCUCCACUCCAGGCAAGAGACCGGUUCUCUUUUAGCCGCAUUGCUGCACUGCUGGCCUAAACUUGUGCUUAAUUUACUCCGUUGUUCUGUUGUUUAAUUUCAGUGACAGUCUGUUCUUGUGUUUUUUUAUUUUUCUCUUUUCUUACGUAGUUUUUGGCUUAAGGCAUCAUAUCCAAAGUCUUCCACUCCCUGAGCACUCUCAAGCCGCCUGACCAUAGAGUCCUGUGUCUUCUAGCCUCAAUAAGAUUCUAGAAAUGUGGCAGGAGGGGUCACUCAUAAUUUCUGGGCCUGUGGCCACAUGCGAAAUGUUCGAGUGUGUGACAAACAGCGUCCCCCAGUCGCUUCUUUAGCUAUAUGUUACUUAAAACUGAGGCAUACCUAUUAAGAUCACCACAAUAAACUCACCUUAAUCGAAAUAUAAUUAAGAGUAGAUUGUGGCUCACCACAUAUAUACAGAGAGUGGUGCUUAUUAAUUUCCUAUCUGGCUUCUAUACCAGUUUUUUUAUCCUGAAAAGUCUUAUAUAUGAGAGAUACGUGCGUACAUCUGUAUUAUUUUACGCAGACACUACAUUCCAGCUCUAAACUGGUGUAUCUGAAUUUGCAGGUGGCCAAGAGGAAUAUGUCCUGUCUUACGAGCCUGUUACUCAGCAGGAAGGUUUGUAGCGUGUUGCAUAUAAAACAAAAAGCCCUGAAGGCCACAGAGGCCUUUGGCUCUCCUUUGCAAGCACACCACCCAAGGGCUGGUUGGCACCCAGUGCCCUUGGCUGCACUAGGACCUUCUGCGAAGGAGGUACGGAGGGCUCCCUUCAAGCUCCCAGCCAUUGCUCUGGAGUUGCUUCCUUUGGACCUCAAGUGGGGGGCGGCGGAUGGGGGCAUGUGCUGUCCCAACUAGGGCUGUGGGCUGGAGGUUCCUUGCCCCUGCCGUUGGAAGGGGAAGCCGUCAGAUCAAUGUCUCCCGUAACUUGGCCGUGGCCACAGGAAAGGCCUUCACCUGCGUUCUUGCCGAGCAAAGCUCUGGAAUGAGCAAAAUGCCCAACAGGGACUCCUGCUGGCAGGUGGGGGGGGGGAGGCUGGCUUAGGCGAGCCUUUGACCCCCAGGAACUUGGGGAAGGGACAGGAGGUUGUUGGUUGUUUUCCUUCCUCUCUGACUCCUGGGUCUGUUCCCCCUUCAGUCAACUACACGCGGCCUGUGAUUGUUCUGGGACCGAUGAAAGACCGGAUCAAUGACGACCUCAUCUCCGAAUUCCCUGACGAGUUCGGAUCCUGCGUUCCACGUAUGUAUGGCAAAGGCCUACCAGGGAAGCUUUUGUCACACAGGCAAGCAGCACAGAAAGUGUGUUUCAGCUUGGGAAAGAGCAGGCCAGGGUCACAGUGCACGGGUGCGAGGAGCUGCAGUUGCAUGUUGUUGGGCUUGGAGCCAGCAGUGAGUACAGAGCCCUUGCGGGGGCCAGAGUCCUCCUGCUUGGCAUGGAGACACCCAGGGCCUCCCUUGGGCAGCUCUGGGCAUUGCCUGGCUGCAAGCAGAGAUGCCUCUUCCCUCAAGAGCCCUUUCACGCAGUCCCCAGCCAAGCACAAGCCGCAAGUGCUUUCCCUGGGGGAGAGAAGACCCUUUCUCAGUCAGGAGCCAUGAGCAGCUCCUGGGCACAGCAUCCUCCUAGCAUCUUGCCAUUAAUUGGAUUUGAACUGAUUUUAGAAUGAAAUGAUUUUAGAAUGUUGUAUUAACUUUUACUGUUGCUAGCUGCUCUGAGCCCGGCUUCAGCUGGGGAGGGCGGGAUAUAAAUAAAUUAUUAUUAUUAUUAUUAUUAUUAUUAUUAUUAUUAUUAUUAUCAUCUUUGGCAUUGGACUUGCUUUCCACUUGGCCUCAUGGGCUGGCCACCCUGUCCAAGCACACUUUCAUUGCCUCAUUCGUGGGGAGGGGAGCUCCUCUGGCCCCUGUCCCAGUUUGGCUUCUUAGACCAGAGGCUUUCAACCUUUUUGAGUCCACGGCUCCCUUGACCAACUACCUUCUUUCUGCAGCUCCCCUGUGGGACUCAGGGGCUCAGUUAGGCCCCCCCUUGCCUGCAGAGCUGGCAGCCUCUCACCCUUUUCCGAACACCCUCAGCCUCCUCUCCCCUCUCCUUGGGCCCCUGGUCUCUGAGCUGCCCCACCCAGAGGCACCAUUCGCCCGGGGAGCCUAGAGCCAGGGCUGCUGCAAUAAACAGCUGCACCAGCCUUUGGGAGGCAGAGACACAAGAGGGCAUCCGAGGAAGGAGGGAAAGAAAGAGGAACAGAGGCCAGUGUUGCCCAAGGCACCCCAGGGUUGAAAGCCACUGCCUUAGACCCUUGCCCAAACACACCAGCCUGGCACCUUCUGAGGGCAGGAUUUUGAUCCUGCACAGGGAACGGGAUCAUGCAGCCUCGGCAGCAGGAUUUAAUCUCCUCAUCAGCUGAUAAGCAAGGAUUGUAGCCCUUUUCCUUCCCUUUUAAGGGUGCAACAGAGCAAAGUGCUGUCCUUUAAUUGGGGUGGGGGUUGGGAGCUGGCUCAAAGGGCACUUUGCCUCUUCAAUCAUGGAGAUGGGCUUCAGGCUCUUGGUGCCAAGUGCCGUGUGAAUGGAAGGGAGAGGCUGCCUCAAAGGGCACUUUGCAGAGCUGCCGCGGGGCGUUUGACUGCUAGCUGUGCACACCCACACACCCCACUGCCUGCCUGUCAGAUCUGGCCCAUGUGGCCCAUCUUGAGAAGGAUCUGGCCCAUGGAGGCCAUGAGAUUCCCCAGCCCUGGCCCCAUUUGUCCCCUCAUUCCCCCUGCCUGCUGGCAUCCCUGGGUUCUUCCUUUCCAAACCUGCUGGAGCGUCACCAGUGUGCAGACGACACCCAGCAUUGCUUCUCGCUCCUGUCAAUCCAGGAAGGCAGUGGAAUGGACUCGGUGCAGGAGGAGAUAGGGCUUUGCAAGCUAGGGCUUGGUCCACACAAGGCAGGUAGUUGGCUGCUGGGUGAGGGGGGCUCAGCCUGUUCUGGAGGCGGCUGACGCAGUGCCCUCUCUCCACUUUGGCCAAUCUAGAGAAGGCAGGCCGGGUUCAUUCCUGUAUCCAGACAGGACUGCUGCCCUGUGUUCCACAUGGGGCUGCCUUUGAAGGCCGUCUGGAAGCUUCAGUCAGCCCUAGAUGUGAAGGUCAGACUCUGGUCUAGCACUUGAAGGUCAACGCACUUGUAGGGUGCCAGGAUCCCACCUUGGAUCUGCUUCCUCCCACUGUUGUGCGCAGUAAGUGGAAGGUGCUUGGUGCCAUAUUUGGCGUCAAUGUUGAGGUUUGUGUGUUGUGCCUGCCUGCCUGUCUGUCUGAAAGCUGCCUGUCUCUUUCCGCAAAGAUACGACCCGGCCAAAGCGAGACUACGAGGUGGACGGUCGGGAUUACCACUUUGUUACGUCCAGAGAACAAAUGGAGAAAGAUAUCCAGGAUCACAGGUUCAUUGAAGCCGGCCAGUACAACAACCACCUGUAUGGAACGAGUGUCCAGUCCGUGCGGGAGGUGGCAGAGAAGGUAAAGGAGCUCCUCUCUUUCCAAAGUCUGCUUGGGGGAGAUGAGGGGCGGUCCCGGUCUGCCCCAGGGUCUCCUUCCCCAAUCAGUCAUGACGCAGCCUCACAAGGAGGAAAGGGCGUCUUGCUGUGGGACCUCCGCUAAACCUUCAGCGCUUCAGGAGCCUGCCUCCUGAGCCCAAAGAUCUCUAUUAACUAAAUGUCAUGAAGUCAGUGCCCUCAGUCCAUUGCCUCAGUUGUGCCAUGGAAAAUAUCUGAAGAUCUUAUACAGCAAAGCUAGUGCCCAGCACUACCUGGGUCUUUUUAGAAAUCCCAAAAUAUUGUGAUUUUUAAAGGGAUAUGUACGGUUUUUGAGUCUGCCCCCAUCACACCAUAACUCAGAAGAAGUCGGUCCAAAGUCCCUCCUGGCCCCAGCACCCUGUCAGCCUCGAAGGAGAGCUUUUAAGCCCCUGAGAAAAUGUUUCCAUGCCCUUUGUGCUGCCUGGAGUCCAUCCAAGUGAAAGGAGCAGAACUGGCCACUGAGGAUUGCCUUGUAGGUCCCUCUGAGAAAGGGGCAGGUCGGCACACACAAAAGAGAUCUGUGUUGCUUUUGCAUUUCCCUUUGAAGCAUGUUGGCCGAGAUCUGCGGCGGGGGGGGGGGGGGGCAAUACCAGAGGUUGGAUCAGGAGUUCCCCUGCUUAGGUUUCCUCCUCCAACUCAACUCUGCCCAGAUGCAGUUACUGUGAGUCUUAGGAUGGCAGUCACAAAGGGAAGCUCAGCAAAGAAAGGUUUGGGGGUCCCAAGGCACCCUGCAGCGCAAGCAAGGCAGCUCUGCUACAUUCCACCAAAGGGAACCAAAGAGAAAGCUGGCCAGGGUCUCCGGCUCUGUGUGCGCCUGGGUGAUUCUGACGGGGAGGAGCUUGGGCAAGGCCAGGGAGAGCUCUUUUUUAUUGGCUCAUCUGGAAGGGGUGUGGCUGCCAGGAUGGGACCCUUCUUUCUGAAUUUGCCGCUACACUGCAGAGGAAGUGGGCCUAGAGUUGCUGCCUAAGGCAAUGCCACAGGUCCCCAUAGGUUUGCCAAACAGGCCUCCUCUCCAACCCAAGAAAAUGGCUUUCCAGGGAAUGUCUGCAAAUAGCUAAACUAAGGGGGAAGGGUGCUCAGUCUCAGCCGCCGGGCUUUAAAAUGCAGACAGGCUUGGUUGAGCUGUCGGCCAGCAGCGAUGCCUUGGAUGUUCUGCUCUAAGAUGCCUCUUCCCUCCAUGCCUCAGGGGAAGCACUGCAUUCUCGAUGUCUCCGGAAACGCAAUCAAGAGGCUCCAAAUCGCCCAGUUGCACCCAAUCUCCGUUUUCAUCAAACCCAAAUCAGUGGAGAACAUCAUGUGAGUGAAAGCUGGCCUUGUCCUGCCCCCUCCGACCUUUUCCUCUCUGCGCAUGUUCUGGUGACCCUCCUUGCGGCAUGUGGCCUCCUCUUCCAGGAAGGUCAUCAGUCACGGUCUCCGGGAAGGGAGCUUUCCCUGGGGGCUGGGUGUAUUCCACAACCCAUAAUAUCCUGCUGUUUUCAGCAGGAGAAAAAAAGCAGCCAGCAAAGGUCCAAUCCUCUGCAGGAAGAAGACAGAGCCAAACUUUAAAAGCAAAAUGUCUGUCCUUCCUUCUUCUGGUUUUUGGCUCUGCCUUCUGGAGAAGUGCAAAGCAACUCUGCUGCUCCUGAGCUGCUGCUUGAGGGUAGCUCAGGAGUCGCCAACAUGGUGCCCUCCAGGGGUUGCAGGAAGGUGCUUCAUUUCAAACAUCACAUCCGAAUGGCUGAGCCUCGUCAUCAGUAUCUUGGUUUGAUUUGUGCUGCAAUUUCAGGGAAAUGAAUAAGCGGCUGACGGAUGAGCAAGCUCGGAAGACCUUUGAGAGAGCCAUGAAGCUGGAGCAAGAAUUCACCGAACAUUUCACAGGUUGGUUGCUCAGCUGUGUUCCUUUCAAGGCAGCGGCUGGGGGGUUUCAGUGCUGGGGGGAGUGGUGCAAGAGCUGUGCCGGUCCAGGCCCUCAAGAGCCGCCUCCUCCUCCUCCUCCUCCUCCUCCUCCUUCUCUCCUCUACAGCUAUUGUGCAAGGAGACACAUUGGAAGAAAUCUACAACCAAGUCAAGCAAGUCAUUGAGGAGCACUCCAGCCCCUACAUCUGGGUCCCCGCCAAGGAGAAGCUCUGAAGGCCGCCCAGCGGGGGCCGCUGUGCCUCCCCCCCCCGUGCUUCCCACCUGGGGGCAGCCCUUGUCCUGCAUGGGCCCCCGUGGCUCCCGUAGCAUUUUCCCAGUGCCCCCUUUUGUUCCAAUGGUGUGGAUUCUCACAAGCUGCUGACGGGCGGCCAUUUUCUCAAGGGUCAAAGGGCAGUGGCUCGAUCCGCUUGUGUGGAUAUGAAACGGAGAAUUUUGUGGUAAAACUCCUUAAUGUUUAAGGGAAAGUAUCCUUCAGAGAUUUUGAGAAAACAAAUCUUUAUAUACACCCUUUUAAAUAUUUCCUAACAAAAGAAAAGUGGUCUUAAUGAUGUAAAUGGUGAGCAGUUUUGCACGCGUGACUUGACCUGCAUGAUUUGAUUCACGGGGUUGGCUGCAGGCCGUAGUUCUGUAGUUUUCUGUUGUUGGCAACACAUUUAUUUUACAGGCAGUUAAAUAGGAGAUUUUUGUUCAAAUGUCCAAGAUAAUGUAAAUGGAGUUGCCAUUAUUUCACAAGGGAAAACCCAUUUUCAUAAUUUCAUAAGAAUAUUCUUUAUAGUCUAUUUUUUCAUUUUUUGCUGAUGCCGUUGUUGGGGGCAAGAAUAUAUCCUGUUUUUAAACUAGCACACACAAGACUAUUUGGAGUGUCUUACUGAUAUCAUCAAUGGGUAACGGUCAUUACAUUUUUGAAUCCAAAUACAGUUUAGGUGCUUUAAAAGCUUGUACUUCAUAUAGGAAUGAUUAAUUUUGUUCUGAAAAUAUUCUGAAAGAUUAUCAUAAGAGACGAUUCAGAGUCUGAAAUAUAAAUAUGUUCUUAGAAGUCAGAUUUUAAUGAAUAUUUUACCCACAAUAACUGCCUAUUUUGUUAUAAUAAAACAUAUUAUAUACAUACAAAUAUAUAUAUAUAUAUUAAACUUUCUUUAACUAAAGUUGUACUGUGGGAAUUUCUUUAUGUUGCUGUACACAGAACUCCUUUGCUUGCAGCUGGUUUGUAGGAUCCCUGAGAGAACUGCUUUCUCGUCGCAUUUGAGGGGGUUUGCAGUGUCCAAGGUGAUGGCGGCCCUGUGAGCUGCCCAGCUCCCUCC